GAGCCCUGCCCCGCGCCACGACGCGCGGCCCCUUUAAGAAGCCAUGUAAACAAAGUCCGAUUCCACCCUGCGCAUUCCCCUGCCCCGUCCCGUCCCGGCGCGCGCGCAACAGUCUCUCUCUCCCCCCCCCCCGCUCCUGCGCGGUGACGUCACUGCGGCGCGACCGGCGGCUCCCUCCUCUACGCCGCCGCAGAGCAGCCGAGCCAUUCCGAAAGCCCGCGCGGCGGCCGCAGCGGCGGCGGCGUCCCUGGUUCGUUCUCAGCCCUCGAGGCCCCCGCUUGACGCCGAGUGCGUGAGGAGGGCCGGCGCCAGUGCGCAGGCGCGGCAGCCCUGGCUGGGUCGCCUGCGGUGGGAGGGGGCGAGAAGCGGCGGCGGCGGCGGCGGCAGCGAGAGCGGCGGCGGCGGCGGGAGCGGAACAUGAAUGGAGCAAAAUGGCGGAUCAUGUGCAGGUGAGGGGAUGCGCGAGGGAGAGCGGGGCUCGGCGGAGAGGCCGCGCCGCCGGGCCAGAGACCUGAGGGGGCUCUCGGGGCCUAGCCUGGCGGGGGCCACCCGGGGGCCGGGCCUAGCCUGCCGGGGGCCGUGAGAGAGAGCGCGCGCGGGCCGAGCUCGGCGGGCGCCUCCUGGGCCUGCGCCGGAAUGGAGGAGGAGGAGGAGGACGGGCGCCCGGGAGAAGUUCGCGGCCGGGCCGGUGAGAGGGUGGCCGCCGGGCCGGCUGCGGUUCGAGGCGCGUGGCUCCCCGGUCACGGCCGGAGCCCUGGGCCCGUGUAGCUCAGGACCACGGGCUGGCAGGCAGCGGCUCUCCGGGAGGGCUCCCCACCUGGAGAUGCCGGCGGGGGCUGAGGCAGGUGCCCCGCCGAGGAGCGCUGUGGCCAGGCGGAGGAAGAGGCGCGGGCGGGAGAAGCGGGGUCGGAUCCGGCCCGGGGGUACUUCAUUGGGGUUUGAUGCUGAGGAGUCGGAAAGGGCUCCGGCUCCCUCUGAUCCAGCUUUCUGGGUUUGGGAAGGGGGCCAAAAGAUAGAGCACAGCAGAGCUAGGAAGCCCAAAACCCAACAACUAGCCUCGGCCCACUUCUUAGUCACUUGCCUCGGCUGCACUGGCUUCCACGGAAGGGAUAGCAAAAACAACCUUCUGCCCUCUCUCUAGUCGCAAGUAGCGCAGCGUUGUGCCGGAAUUUUUAUUCCUCUUUUGCAAAGUCUGCUUUGGUCAGUCCAGCCUCCUUGGUGGUCUUUUUGCCAGGACUGUGCUGUGGUUUAGGAAGAAUGGAGAACUUGCAGGAGUUGCUCGGAGGGGGAUGUGGACCUUGGGCUCCUCCAGGGCAGUGGCUCUGGGCAUAACAUCCCCCAGCCUGCUCCUUCUGGAUUUGGUACCUCCAAGUGCCACAAGGGUGAGCUGUUCAUUUGCUCGUAACUUGGCUGUGCAAGUUCUUGGAAGAUGAAAUGCUUUGGAGUCACUUUGCACAUUGCAGAGAAAAAUGGCUCCCCGCUCCUCCACCACCCAUCAUAGGUGGACAUGUCUUUUCUGAAAGGCAUUUGUGUAACUCCUUAUAAUUAUGCCCCCAGGAACAGCAGCAGACUAAGCCUCCUCUGGGGAGCUAUGUGUGUGCCAUCUCCCCUCAGAUUUACAAGUGGCUAUGGUUGACACCAAGUGGGAAUGCGAGGACCUAUCUGUUGGAAUGCAUGAAGUGCCCCAAGUAUUUCCCAGAUAGAUUUAUUUUCUUUUUCUUUUUUUCAUUUCCCUUAAAUUUGCCAUUACUAAUAAGAAUUAGUAAUGGUCUGAUUAAAUGUGAACUUCGGCUGUAUGUAGAUCAUUCUUUCUAGCAGAAUAGUUAAGCUAUAGAACUCACUCCCACAGGAGGCGAUGAUGGCCACCAAACUGGAUGGCUUCAAAAGGAGAUAAGACGAAACAGCUAUUGAUGACCACUGGCUAUGAGGUCUAUACUGUGCCUUCACAGUUGGUGCAGCAAUGCUUCAGAAUACACUACAGGAGGCAAGAGUGCUCCCUGUGCUUGGGUCCUGCUUGCAGGCUUUCCUUUGGGCAUCUGAUUGUCCACUGUGAGAAUAAGACACAAUGGACAAUUGGCCUGAUCCAGCAGGCUCUUUAUAUGUUCUUAUGAUAAUCUUUGGAUAUAUUCACUAGUCAUUUGUUUUAAUACACCAUAUGCGCAAAUGUAAAAUAAGUUUCUCAAGUUUCAUAAUGGCAAAACAUCCGGUUUUCUGUUAAGUUUGUUCAGGCUGCCUUUAUACCAAGUGAGCUUUCUUGUCCAUUGAGCCCAGGAUUGUCUACUCUAGCUUGCUGCAGCUCUGCAGUCUUCAGUGAAUGCCUUUUCCACCACCUGAUUCCCUAACUAGAGAUUGAACUUCGCUCUACUAUCAAAAGUUUCGAGUUACCAUCAACGGGGAUGAUAAUUUAAAUUCAUUCCAAUGAAUGUAUUUAUUUAUUGCAUAUAUAUCUCACCUUUUCUCAAAGGAGCUCAAGGUGACGUACAUGUUUCUCCCCUUCCUCAUUUAAUCCCCACAACAACCCUGUGAGGUAGGUUAGGCUGAGUGGCAGCGACUGAUUCAAGGUCACCUACUGAGCUUUGUGUCCGAGUGGAGAUUUGAAUCCUGGUCUUCUAGGUUCUAGUCCAGCCCUCUAACCUCUACACCACACUGGCACGAGUAGAAUCGUAGAAUUUCAGAGUGGGAAGGGAACACAAGAGUAAUCUGCUCCAACCCUCUGCAAUGCAGGGUUCUUUUGCCUAAUGUGGGGCUUGAACCCACAACCCUAAAAUUAAGGAGUAUCUUGAAUGUCCUUCUCUAGUGAAGUCUGGUGUAUACCAAAUGUGAAAAAGCCCACUGCUUCACUGAUAAACUGCAGAUUCUGGUUGGCUUCCAAGCAGCUUGGAUUUAACACAUCUCAAUCAAUUCAGAACUUUAUUGCUUGGAUCAUACUGACUAUAUGUGGUGAUCUUGUGAAUAAAUGAACAUGAGUUCUCAGCUUUUAAAACAAAAAAAUACUAGCCCUCCUUGCAUAAAGAUAUUGACCUGGCAAGCAGUUAUUUACAGGUCUAGUGUAUGAUUCCCCACACCAACGCUUGGGUGGAUAUAUUUCAUUGCAGGAUGUAUGGGGGUCCAAAUGCAGAGAGGUAAUCUGGAUUUUUGCAGCAAACUGGCAAGGAGUUCUGUCUCCUAGUUUAAGAGUAGCAGCAACAAAAUUACCCUCCUCCCAACACAUAUAAACACACACACACACACACACACACACACAACUAACCUAAUUUGUCCUUCUAAAAGGGAGAAAGCUUGGGGUAACUAGGAGCCCCUUUUGUGGAAAAAACUGUGAGCUCUGGAAUGCAAAGCACAUUCCUGGGUUCAGUUUUAAGUGUAUGUUUUUUGCACCAGCUGUGAUUGAUAGAUCUUGGGGUUCUAGUAAAAAUUGUAAGUAAAUCCAGCAAGCAAGAAGCCUGUCCACACCUCUCCUCAGAUCAACCUUCAGUCAGAUAAUAGGAAGUUCCAGUUCAAUAGAGAGAGACCUGUGUUUACCAGGUGUUACCUGUCAGUUUAAUAUUGAAAAAGAAGUGAUUAACAAAUAAUGUAUGUGUACGUGAGAAGGGAAGUUACCCAGCAGGUAAGAGCCUGAUGGAUCACUCCAAUGGCACAUCCAGUCCAGCAUCUUGUUCUCACAGUGGCCAACCAGAUGCCUUUGGGAAACCAGCAAGCACAACCUGAACACGACCAUUUUCCACUCCUGCAGUUUCCAGCAACUGGUAAUUCGGAAGCAUUUCUGCCCUCCUGACUAAUAGCCAUUGAUAGCCCUCUCCUCCACCAAUGUGUAACCUUUCAUCACAUUCUAAAACCCAAGAAGGUAUCUGUAAAUCGAAAAAAUAAAUAACAUCCCCUCCCUCUCCUUGUUUUGUUUGGGCAACCCUUCACAAUACUGCCACAGGUGCAGAGAGUUGCAGUUUUCUUCCUGCAGAUAGGUUAGUCACUUCCUCUUGUUUUUUAGUCUACAGGCCCUUGUUGCUUUCAGUCCAGUUGCUGGCUAUGGUAGAUGCCUCUGAACUCAGCUGCAUAUCAGGAGCAGUAGCUGCUUGAACCACCUUCUCCCUGACUGCUUCAGCUGUCCUGCUGUUUGUCUUCCUUUCUGGGAUUUAAUGGUGAAGCUCUUGGGUGGUUUUAGAAAUUGUUCUAUGAGAGAGUUCUUUACUGUCGCAGCAGGAUGUUGUUGGCUGGUGUGGAUUGCAUUUGAAUAGAACUUUUCUGGAAGCAGGCCUUGUUGGGUAUCACAUUUGGGCUUUUGAAAUAAUCCUUCCUAGGUAAGAUUGGAUAGUUACGUUGGAGGGUUUUUGCCUCACUCUGUAGCACAUGACAUGUUGUCUAGAGCUGUUCUUCUGCACUUGUCUGACAGCCCUGUACUUGCUCUCAGUUUGUGGUACACUGCUGUCAUCUGGAUUCGGUAGAUAGCCUGAUCAGAGUAGAGGUGGUGAAUGGCAUGAGAUUGGACAAGAUAGCAUGGCUCAUUCAGUUCUGAUCUUAUGUAAAUGUUCUCUCCGUACCCUAAUGCACUCCUGGGCAACUUGUAAGUCAUCGAGGCAAGCACAGUCCAAUACAGAUGAUGGCCUGCUGGGGUCUUGAUCAGUCCUCUGUUUUGCGAUCCCUGGGAAUUGGCAAAAGGUAGUCUAUUUAGGCCACGGAGGUCCACAAGUUAGAAUCAUGGAAUUGUAGGUUGGAAGGGAUCCUGAGGGUCAUCUAGUCCAACCCCCUGCAGUGCAGGAAUAAUUUGUGUAGUUUUAUGCAAGCCUUCCCCAGCCUAGUUUCAUCUCUCCAUGACUGCAACUCCUUUCAGCCCCAACCAGCUUGGCCAUAUAAGGCUGAGGGAAGUUGACUGUAAAACAUCUGGAGGACACUGGGUUGGGGAUGGCUGGUUUGGAUACAGGAGCAGAUCAGUGCUUAUUCUCUAGCCCUGUAACGGCUUGAAAAACAAGGCUGCCACUGUUAACUGAGGGAGAAAGUUGGUGUACAGUGGUACCUCAGGUUACAUACGCUUCAGGUUACAGACUCCGCUAACCCAGAAAUAUUACCUCUGGUUAAGAACUUUGCUUCAGGAUGAGAAUAGAAAUCGUGCAGCAGCGGCAGCAGGAGGCCCCAUUAGCUAAAGUGGUGCUUCAGGUUAAGAACGGACCUCCGGAGCGAAUUAAGUUCUUAACCCAAGGUACCACUGUAUUUUUGCUCGGUGCUCAUGACUUUUGCUUUGGACUUGGAAGGGCUGUUAUUCUGCAUAUCCAUUGCAGAAGAUGCUCAGAGUGGCUUGAUGCUGCCGUUAUUGGAAAGUACGUUGAAGCCAUCAUUUGAAUGUCCCAGUCCCAUUUGAAUGUUUCUCCAAACAGCAGGUUCUGCGAUAGUCAAAAAAGUACCGCAAAGGUGGGCUUUUCCUAACCCUACUGCUGCCCCACUUGUCUACUUUUGAGUUUUCUUCUCUUCAGUAUCGCUGCCUGUUGAAAGUGUAUCUGCCUGUGUUGCUGUUAUGGGACUGCUUGUGAUGUCAGCCCCAACACCACACAUCAUGAUGGCUACCAUAAAACAACUGACUUGGUGUAUAUUUCUUUCAUUCAGUCGUUUGAGCUUUGGGAAGAGAAUCUACAUAACAUAAAGUAGCACUUUUUCAGUCCUUUCUGUAGCAUUCCCCCUACCCCUACCCCCAGAAUAUAAAGUGGCAAUAAUAAUAAUAAUAAUAACAAUAAUAAUAAUAAACUCAAGUGCCUAGAUUAUCAGUUGUGGCAACCGUAACCGAGCUUUAAGGUGCCAUUCGGUGAUUAGAUUAUACAUCUGAGUUUCUAACACUGCUUGUUGAUAACUGCUUGUACUAUAGCAGUACUGACAUCUGUUAUACUCUUCACUACACUGCCUGACAUUUUAUCAGUACCAAUGCCCACUUAACUGUUCAGCAUGCUACCAGUACCUGCCAUCUUUUUAAAUCAGUCACCUGACCAAUAUAGUGUUUCCCAUUUGGUUCUGACUUCAACUUCUGGAAUGGCUUUAGACUCCACCCUGGCCUCAGUUAAAGUUACUAAGGGACUUUUGGGAACCCUUUGGUCCUCGGGAAUUGGCCAUCGAAAGUUUUACUGUCAGCACUCCCAUCACUAGCAGAUGGGCUUUUCCUGAUGUUUCACAUCUCCCAAGAAGUGCAGUUCUCUUUCCAGUCCACUUUCUGACAUCCAGUUGCCGCAAGACACCUGAGGCAUUUAAGCAUCAGCUUUGACUUCACAUAUGCCCCUGUUCCACUAGCAUUUUACAUUUGGGUGCCAAACUCCACCGUUCCAUUCACACUCGGUGCAUGAGCCCAGUGGGUUGUUGGUUGCCACCAGGCUUCAAAAUUAAGCCUGGCACCAGGCGCAUUUCAGACUUAAAGAUUCUGCAUUUGUGAGCACCUCAAAAAGUCAGCAUGCCAUUUUCUGUGCCUGGCUGAUACUCGACGAUUGCCUAAAAGUAUAUAUCUUGAAGCCUCAAAAUACGGUAUGUGUUAAGGAUAGACAAUAUGCUGAGGAGUUUAACAAUAAAGAGUAGAGUGUUUUGAAAAUUGAAGUAUGGUACCACUAUUUUUAUUGUAAACACCAAAUUAAACAUGUAUUAACAAUUUCUGUUAAAAAUGUGAUAUUAACAGUGUUUCACUUAAGUGAAUUGUGUAUUAGUUCAUGCUUAUCAAAAUAAUAAACAAAAAGUGUUGCCGACCCCUUCCCCCAAAUGGUGACUAGACAUUCUGUUUUGGCCAGAUUCCAGGAGCCAUUUGGCUCCUAGUUUUUCUAUCCCAGUUUCGAACAAUGGUUGCUGUACUAGGUAUGCAGUAGAGUUUGUCUCACUUCCCAUGGCACCAUCAGUUAAACCCUCCGUCGCCACCUUUUAAAAGAGGUGAUCAAAGCCCUGCUCUGAAAGGGUGCAGUGGGAUCUACUGGCUUAAUGGGUUCCGUUCAAAGUAUUUCACCAUUGCCAGAAAGAUGGAGACUUCUUGCUCAUACUAGACAAUAAGGAUAGGUUUUUUUAAAAAAAAUUAUUAUUUAACUUUAUGAAGUAAUCAAAAUACUCUACAACAAAGCAAAGAGUUAGGUGGUGAGUUGCUGUUAUAAAUCCAUAGUACAUGGUUGGAUAUUACAUUGGGACAUGAAGAGGUUCAAACCAAAGUCCGGCUAGAAAAUAAGAUCAUUGUUUUCACAGGAACAGAGAGAGCCAGUAAUAGCGGAUAUCGGUAUGCUGUCAGUACCAAAUUAAAAAUUUAUGGGAACCUACCAGACAUGAGAUUGUUUCUUAUUAAACAUCAAAAACAUGCACCAUGGGGUGGUUUGGUCCAUUGGCUUGGUGCCUUGAGAAGCAUGCAUCAAAUGGGUCAACUUUUCUGAAAUUACAAUAUAUAUAGGGCCUCCUGAAACCAAAGGCGAAUAAGAGGUGACAUGAUAGAAGUUCAUAAAAUGGCUUGGCUCUGCCUCCACAGUUGGAGAAAGCAAGGCUCCUGAAUACCAGUUGCUGGCUACCAUAGGAGUGGAGAUUGCUCUGGUGCUCAAAUUCUGUGUGAACAGGUCAAGAUGCUGGACUAGAUGGGCUCCCUUUAGCCUGAUCCAGCAGACUCCUGUAGUUUUAUUAUGAAAGAGGAGGUGGAGUGCUUUCUACAUCUUGUUUUGAGAUUUACCUUGGGGAAAACUCCAGCUAGUGCUUCUUCAGUGCUCUCCUGCUCGCUGUCUCAUGCUUGUAUCCUUAUCUAGUGUGCACAGGGCUCCUUCACUGCAUCGCUGCUAUGCUCAAUACUACUUUAUCUAGGUUCAAAGGCCUGAUAUUGUCCAGCCACAGUAAGGAAUAAUCCCCACCCUUGGGUUGGCCAAACACAUGCCUUCAUUGGCUGGCAGCUGGGAAAUGAGCAUUUGGCAAGUCUGAACAAGAUGGUGUACAGUCUUCUGUAGCUGGAGGGGUAGACACAGAAUGGGGCACCAAGGGGGUUGAAAUGUUCUGAACUCUUGUCAUUUGGAAAGGAAAACAGCCAUCCCUAAGAAUCUCCAAAAGCCAUCUUAGAGUGUGUGUGUUUGAAUGAAUCAGUCUUUUUAAGUGGCCACAUACUGAGUUUCUCUGUGGCUCUCAACAUUGCAGUUUGUUCUGUAUGGUUUCAUUGGGGUUUUUAAUAGUGUGAUCUGGCCAUCUAGCGUUAAGUAGUUUAUUUUAGAACUUUUUGUGUAGAUGUACAUAAGCCACGGGACGCGGGUGGCACUGUGGAUUAAACCACAGAGCCUAGGACUUGCCGAUCAGAAGUUCGGCGGUUCGAAUCCCUGCGAUGGGGUGAGCUCCCGUUGCUCGGUCCCUGCUCCUGCCUAUCUAGCAGUUUGAAAGCACGUCAAGUGCAAGUAGAUAAAUAGGUACCGCUCCGGCGGGAAGGUAAACGGCGUUUCCAUGCGCUGCUCUGGUUCGCCAGAAGUGGCUUAGUCAUGCUAGCCACAUGACUCGGAAGCUGUACGCCGGCUCCCUCGGCCAAUAAAGCGAGAUGAGCGCUGCAACCCCAGAGUCGGCCAGGACUGGACCUAAUGGUCAGGGGUCCCUCUACCUUUACAUAAGCCACAUUGUGAUGGUUAUACCUAAAAGGCAGUCUAAGAAUUCCUCAAUAAUAAUAAUAAAUAGAGUUUCAUAUCCACUCCUCUCAUUCUUCAAAUAAUGAAUGCAGAAAGAUGGAGAGGGUUUUUGCAACCGAGAGAUUUAUUCAACUUGGGAAAUACAGGAAGACUCCAAGAAGCUGGGCUGCGUUAGCACAACCUGCACUUUACCUACACUGCUGUCUAGCCUUCCAAGCUUGAGGUUGCACCUUCCAAAGAGGAAGGUGAAAUAGCAAAGCUGUUAUUUGUUGCUACUCACUCUGUUGUCCUAGACCAGGAUGAGGUUUCAUCACUCUGUCCUUUUUGCCUCCAGCUCAGUCCACGCUGGCUGUGGCCACCAAACUCAGACACCAGUUAUUCCAUCCCCUUAUAAGAGCAUACGAAGAGCUCAACCAAAUAAGGCUCAUCUAGUCCAGCGUCCUGUUCUCACAGUGGCCAACCAGAUGCCCCAAUGGGAAAUUUGUAAGCAGGACCUGACCACAAGAGCACCUUCUUGCUGUUGUGGUUUUCAGCAGCUGGUGUGCAGAAGUAUAGUUGCCUCCAGCUGUUGUUCUGCAUCACAGGCCCCAAGGAGUGGUUUGAUGCAGGGACACCAAAGAAGGAUGUCGAAAACACCAGGUUGGCCAGUUAUAGUUCUUUAUUAAAGAAAUUAGUCAACUUACAACACAGUGUUCAAAGCCUCACAGUGAGAGUUCUUUGCACCCAAGCAAACAUGUAUACAUCUUUUAUUCACAAAGCAGCUUACAUCAGUUUACCCAGAACCUCCCAUCACACCUGGUCCAUGAGGCCAUAGGUGGCAGCUAUCCAAAGCUUCUCCCCUGUCUGGUCCUAGUGCCCAGCAUCCCAAGUCCUAUAGAUAAGUACAGCAUCAAAGUAAGCCAAUUAGCAUAUAUCAAAGCAAGCGAAUAUAUGAGCUCAUUCUUGCAACAACUACCAAUUAUUUUGGGGUUAUCUUGACUACCAAGAUGGCACUUGCAGGCUUUCUGGAACAUUUCACCUUUGGUUCAACACAUCUGUGAAGGCAAAAUAUAGCCAUUAUAGACCAGUAGCUAUGGAGAGCUCUCUUCUCCAGUAUGAGUCUCUGCCUAUUCCUUGUUCCUACACCCCAGUUUGAUCCUUCUCUUGCACUCCAUUCUCUUCUUCUGACCUUUAGAAAAGAAGAGAGCCUGCUAGAUCAGCCCAGUGGCUCAUCUUGUCCAGGAUCCUGUUCUCACAGUGGCUGGUGAGAUCCCCGUGGGAAGCCACAAGCAGGAUUCUCCCACAAGAGCACUCUCCUUCCCUGUGGCUGCCGGCAACUGGUAUUUGGAAGCAUUGCUGCCUCCAGCUGUUGAACAGUGGCAUGCCAUCUGAAGCCUAAGUUAUUAAUUGGCUCGUGGCAGCAUCUGCAUAUUCCCUCUCCCGCUGUUUUCCGUGUCUUGCUUUGCUUCUAGACCUGGCUUCUAGCUGCCUAUCUCAACUCUCAACUGGUGGAAUCCCAGAGUUCAUUUUGCUGCCUGUGCGGAGAUUCCACAUUCCAACGCACAUGCAGUCUUGAAGGCUUCUCCAGCCAUCCUUCCCAGUAUGAGGCAUUGACCUUUUCCUGUGCUGUUAGUUCCUCAAAAUCCUCCUGAGCACAGCUACUUGUCUCAAGAUGUGACAGACCUGCUGAGUCUGCCAUGUUUUGGGAUGUCAAUGCAAAAUAAAUAGUGGGCAGGGCACAGGGGAGUCUUCUAGCCCUGCUUGUUGAUGCCUUGGAACAAAAACUGGUUGACAUCUGCAUAAAACCCCAGACAAUACAAGGCAUUUGGUUUUUCAUCCCCUAGCUUUCAGAACCAGCAUUUCAGAAAUAAAUGUAUGCUGUGCAGCUUUGAGAAUUGAGCACUUUUUGAAAAAAUGUCUAGACUUUUAGAGUGUCAGGCUCCUGGGAGUUAACUUUGAGGAUCGCUGUUACAAAUGAAAUGUAAGCGCAUAAUGAGGAUGGGUGUUAGAGAGUGAAAUAGACCCAAAUGCUGGUGCAUAUAUAGAAACAACAUACGCCCUUUUUCUCUGUAGCAGACAGCCCUGUAUAAUGUACCAAUCAUUCUUGGCACUCUUGAUGUUUAAUGUACAGAACCAACGUGUGUUGAAAAUUCUCAUCUGUUGAUAUCAACUGAUGUUAGAAUUCCUCAGUCAUAGUAAAUCUUGGCAUGUUUGAAGUACUUUUGCAUUCCAGGCCAUUGCUCUUCAGAUAUCUUAGAUCAGCGGUGUCCAAACUUUUUUCAAAGAGGGCCAGAUUUGAUGAAGUGAAGGGCCGCGAGGGCUGACCAAAGGGCCAACCGAAGUCGUUAACCUUUGUUUAGGAUUGAAGUUGUUGACUUUUUUUAGGAUUUUACCCCAGGAAAUAAACUGCCGCAGGGGCCAGAUUAAACCGACCGGCAUGCUGAUUAGUCCCCCGAAAUGGACUUUGGCCAUGCCUGUCUUAGAUGUUUUAUUUCCUCAUGAGCAUAAAGUUUAUAAAUACAGUGGUACCUCGGGUUAAGUACUUAAUUCGUUCCAGAGGUCCGUUCUUAACCUGAAACUGUUCUUAACCUGAAGCACCACUUUAGCUAAUGGGGCCUCCUGCCGUCGCGCCGCCGGAGCACGAUUUCUGUUCUCAUCCUGAAGUGUAUGUAACCUGAGGUACCACUGUAGUGGAUAAUGUGCAGUGGGGGAAACCAUGUCUCGCUCCCCCAUUUAAAUCUGCCUCCGCAAAUAUCCAAGAAAAAUCUUUUUUUAAAAUAGCCCAUCAGUGGUUCUUUACAUAUAACUAGAGUCAGUUCUCCUGUGUGUUGGAGGAGAUGUAACAAAAGUAGACCCUGUUCACACAUGUGGCAGUCUUACAAGUGUGUGCACAACUUUUGGGUUAGAGGUCAUGAAGGACAUUUCUGAAAUAAUAGGUGUACUGGUGCCUUUAGACCCCAAACUGUGUCUUCUAUCAAUUUCUGAUAAAUCAAAUAUGGACUUAAUAUAUAAAACACUUUUUUUUGUUUUGUUCGUAACUGCUUGUUUGACCAUAUUGCAGGGCUGGAAGGAAUCUUGGUUUUUCUUUAAUCAUUUGAUUCAACAAAGUAAUGUUUAUUCUCGUUUCUGAGAAAUGAAGUUAUAAAUUGAGGGUACCUUGGGGUUCAGCUAAGCCUAUGGAUUUUGCCUCCAUUAGGUGGCCAUUUGUUACUUAAUAUGACAUGCCAAUCAUCGUGGUGGCAAGUCCUGAUGAAAUGUUACUUUGCUUGGUAUUCAUAACAUUUGUCUUGUACUCUCUCUGUAUCAGGUUGGCUUUUGGUGUAACAUCUAAAUCAGUGUGUACUUGAGAAUGUACCUUGUUUUAUGAGGUAAUGGCUGUGAACCCUGGAUGUGUGGGGAGGUUGGCACUUUCCUCCCCUUUAUUUAAUUUCAUAUUUUCUACUGGAUUGUUACUUUAUUUAAUGUGGUGGUGGUAUUUAGAAGAGUCUCUGGGCUACGUGAGUUUGGAAACAGGUUUCCUUCCAGGUUUCCUUUUGAAUUGCUAUUACAGUGGUACCUCAGGUUACAGACUCCACUAACCCAGAAAUAGUACCUUGGGUUAAGAACUUUGCUUCAGGAUGAGAACAGAAAUUGUGCAGCAGCGGCGCGGCAGCAGCGGGAGGCCCCAUUAGGUAAAGUGGUGCUUCAGGUUAAGAACAGUUUCAGAUUAAGAACGGACCUCCAGAACGAAUUAAGUUCUUAACCCGAGGUACCACUGUACAGUGGUACCUCUGGUUGCAGACGGAAUCCGUUCCAGAGCUCCGGUCGCAUCCUCACGUUUCUGCAAACGGAGGGAGCACUUCUGCGCAUGCGCACGCAGCAAAACCCGGAAAAAUGUUUCCGGGUUUGCCACGUACGUAUCCCGAAGGAUACAUAACAGGAGGUGAACGUAAGUAGAGGUACCACUGUACUUUCAAAGGGCUGGAAUAGGAGAAUGAAAAUCUGGUGUUUGCUUCCUAUAAGGUGGCAACACAGUUCUUUUAGAGUGUGGUUUUCACCCCCAAGCAAAAUGUCAGGGUUUCAAGAUUUGUGCUUCGCUUCCCCAUGGCUGCAUUUUUCCUAGCCGUUGCCCUUAAAGGAAGUCCCACCAGAAAUAUAAAAUAAAAUAAUCAAGCUCUCCUCUUUGGUUUGUUACAGAGUCUAGCCCAGCUAGAGAACCUGUGCAAGCAACUGUAUGAGACAACCGACACCACAACACGGCUCCAGGCAGAGAAAGCCUUGGUUGAGUUUACCAACAGUCCGGACUGCUUGAACAAGUGCCAGCUUCUCCUUGAAAGAGGGAGUGUACGUAGGCAGAGAAACCCACCACCCUGCUUUCAAACCACCUAAAGCGUUCUCUGGGUAUUUGCCUGAGCUCAUGGCUUGGUACAGAACAGCACUGCAGGGGUCCUGCUGGUGUAUUCUCUCCUCUGCUCUGCUUACAGCCAUGAACUUGAGAAGUGAUCACUAUUGGGUCUCCUUCUGCUUUCUUUUGGAGUAAUUUACACAGAACAUCUUGGCCCUUUCUCAGGGCUUUCUAUUUAAAAUACUUCUAAAGCACUAUAAAGGAAGUUGAGUGGAACUAUGUCAGAAUUAAUGUGGUCCACUCUUGAAUGAUAGUUCAUAAGAUUCUUUGCAGACCAGCAUGAGAAUUGAGACACCUCCAGCAGACUUCCACAGUUCCUAGCCUUGAACACCUCCUGUGAUAAAUCCUUGUGCUCUUCUUACACACUCUUUCCUCCAGUAUACACAACAGUCUUUCCUGUGAAUGCAUCUGAGGAUCAGACCCUCCUGUCUGUCAUGGACUGGCUGAAUGCAGAGGAAUGGUGGAAGGCACCAGCUGGGGUACACCCAAGGAAGGAGAGGGCUCAGAGACACGGGAUUGGUGGUGGGAUGACAUUGAAUGGUCAGAGGGAGAAGAGGGAGCGGACUAGGAGGAAGAGGUGUCAGAAGCUGAAGUGGUAACGGUUUAGUGAACAGGAAGAAGCUGUGGCAGAGAGCAGUCCAGAAUCAAGCAGAAGCAGAGGCUGGAGAGGAGGGGGACUAAGACACACAGAUGAGGCAGGGAGUCUUCCGCCCUGGUCUCCUAGAACCCAUAGAGGUAUGAAGAGGGUGGAGCAAGGACAGACAAGGCGAAUAAGUCUCAAGUUGCUUGGGAAGGACCGGGGGGGGGGAGAUUUAGAGAGCUGUGGGAAGGUGGGGACCUGCAGUCCUCACUACUGCCUCAUUGGGACAAGGCCUACUGGGAAGAUUUGCUGUGUUCACUAGGCCAGAGCUGCUUUCAUUUCUUUGAAUACAGAGUUUACUUCACUGACAUAUUGUAAAUUACUGCUGACCGGCUCCCAGUUCAUGCCUUAACACUGCAUCACCAGUGUGAACAUACUUGCAUCCUUGACCUUUGACAAUCACUUGGGAAGCUUUGUCCUGUCCUGUUUUUGCCUACAAUUUAACCAUUUGCUUUCUGUUUGUGUUUUACAGUCGUCUUACUCCCAGUUAUUGGCAGCUACAUGCCUUACGAAACUGGUGUCACGCACAAACAACCCUUUGCCCUUGGAACAGCGAAUAGAUAUACGUAAGUAGAAGAAGAGAGCCAGCAUGCCCAAGACCAAAAUCAAUUACAUGAGGAGUUUAUAAGAUGCCCAUGGUAUUAAAAGAGGACACCAAAAUCUGCAGUUGGGCAAACCAAAAUAUCAAAAACGUGCAGCAAGCUUUUGAGUUCUCCUGAGCUUUUCAUCAAACAAGAUGUUACACAGGGGGGAAAAGUGAGGAGAAAAGGGGUACAAGCACAAGGCUGAUGUUGUAGCAUUAAGAUCAGCUUGUAGGCCCAGGUCCAAGAUAGUGGUGACUAGCUGAAUAAGUCUCUCCCGGGUGUUGCAGAUACUAGGUUGCACACCUAGGAUUCUGGGAUAAAGAAACAAUGGCUGCCCCUCAUCACUAAGAAACUGAUGUUGGGCGUGUAAUCCAAACCAGUGGUGAUAAACCUUUGGCCCUCCAUAUGUUCUUGUACUGCAGUUCCCAUCGGCUCCAUUGAUCCCAAUGGUCAGGGAUGAUGGGGUUUGUUGUAGUAUAACAGCAUCUGGAAGGCUCCCCCUCCCAAAUCUUAAACGAAGCACGCAUGUUCUCAAACAGAACAUCUAAACUUCUAUUUAUCUGAGAGAGGGGUCAGCCAAUGUUACAUCAUCCCCAAAUCUGAAGUGUGUAACCUUCUAAGUGUAGCACUUGGGAGGGACUUAUUCAGCCUUCAUUUCUGUCUUGGGGCUGAGAAAGCAACCUGACAUUGGUGUCUCAACAAAAGCCUGAUUUUUGCAUUUUAUCCCGUGAUCUGUGUAGCAUCUUAUCUGAUGAAGAGUUCUGGAGAGUCGUUCAUGGAGUUCAGUCGAUUAUGCUUGGUACAGUCCUGUGACAACUGGCUGGUCCUAAUAACAGUAUUGCCAAACUGGAUUUUGGAGUUUUUCUUAUAGACCAAUGGAGCUGCCUUUCGCUUUUUAAACUUUCGAAAGUGCUCUGUACCCUUCUUGAAUACUGUCCUUCAGUAAUUGUAACAACUCUUCAGUCAUUUAGUAGCUUAAUGCUUAAGCACCAUGCUGCUAGUAUGUGACCUUUUUUUGGCAAAGUUGUAUUUUUUUUAAUUCAUUUUUUAAUGUAUAUUAAACAGAACAAUUAUAACAACAGAUAAAAAUUAAAAGAUGAAAAACAAAGCUAUACAAUAGGCACAUAGAAUGUGUACAGUAGCACAUGAGUUAAAAUAACAAAGUAAGUAAAGACUAUCAGCCUUCUCAGUAUUAUCAAGUAUAGUUCCAGAUAUGUUAGGCUUGUGACAAGCGUUGUCUUGAAAAUGACAAUUCCCCUGUAUAUGUCAUAAAAAAAUGCCAAAUUAUAUAAUAAGUGUCUGGAGGUUCUAGUCCUUAUCAAAAACUCAAAUUAUGCAUAAUUUUCUCCUAUUAUAGCUAUAUUCCAGAGUGAGUGGUACCAAGUGUUCACUGAAAAAAAAAUGGGCUGUUUUCCAUUGAGUUUCAAUUACCAUUUGUGCUUCCAAGAUCAUAUAUAAGGCCAAUUCUUUUAAAUCUUCCAUUCUUCAGGAUGCAUUUUGUCAAAACUACAGUUGCAUGUGGCAUGUUUUUCCAGGGGAGUUAUGGGUUGGCUUUGUCAUAUGACAUAAUUAUUUAAAACAUGUUUACCUUUCCUUUCCUUAAGAAGUCCAAUGCAACCUGCUAAUGUAAACUGAAACAAUUGCUUGUCAAACUUUUUUAAAUGGUUAACUAUUAUUAAGUCCAAUAAGCCACCCAUAAAGUGUUAAAACAGCCUAGAAACACAAGCAGCCAUUCAAAAAUAAUUUAACCACAACAAUUACGUACAGUACAAUUGCAUCUUACGUGGAGGCUCAAUUCCUAGGGUUCCACAUAUACUCAAAAAUUGUAUAUACCCAAGCCCUUGAAACCCUUAGCCCCACAAGCACAUAGUGACCCAAGUAGACCUGGCAGAAAAAUAGCUUUUAAACUCUCUUCCUUGCUUGGAGGGCAAGGGCUACUUAGUGCACUAACUCCAGCAGGCUAAAGAUGCUUGCACAAAAUCUCGUAGGAACUCUGAUGUCCCCAUGAGAUCUCGCAAGAGCAUCAUCCCAGAACCAGUGUGCCAAGAGGGGCUUACCCCACAAGCAAGGGGGACAGCUUAAAAUCUCUGCUUGGAAACCCCAAGUGGACCCAGCACUAAAGCGCUUUAAAGCUCUCUGCCCUUGCUUGCAUUUAACUUGCUAAGUUUCAACCAGGCAGCCUUCAACUUCGUUGAAAUCACACAAGUUAAAUAUGCACAAGUACAGUCCUAUCUUGGUUUUCAAACAGCUUAGUUCUCUAACGUUUUGGCUCCUGAACGCCGCAAACCCAGAUGUGAGUGUUCCUGUUUGCGAACUAUUUUUGGAAGCUGAACGUCCGACGGGACUUCUGAGCUUCCUGCAGCCAAUCAGAAGCCACGCUUUGGUUUCUGAACGUUUUGGAGGUCAAAUGGACUUUCGGAAUGGCUUCUGUUCAACUUCCAAGGUACAACUGUACAAAUGCUCGGGUUGCAAACGUGAUCUGUGCAGGAGGCACGUUUGCAACCCUCAGCAUUCGCAACCCGCGACCCACGCGUCUGCACACGCAAGGGACCCCUGACCAUUAGGUCCAGUCGUGGCCAACUCUGGGGUUGCGGCACUCAUCUCGCUUUAUUGGCCGAGGGAGCUGGAGUACAGCUUCUGGGUCAUGACUAAGCCGCUUCUGGCGAACCAGAGCAGUGCACGGAAACGCGGUUUACCUUCCUGCUGGAGCAGUACCUAUUUAUCUAUUUGCACUUUGCCGUGCUUUCAAACUGGUAGGUUGGCAGGAGCAGGGACCGAGCAACGGGAGCUCACUCUGUUGUGGGGAUUCAAACCGCCGACCUUCUGAUCGGCAAGUCCUAGGCUCUUGUGGUUUAACCCACAGCACCACCCGCGUCCCGCGUGCUUGUGUAGAAAUUACAAUAAAUGUCCCACUUACUCCUUGGUUUGAUAUUAUGUAGUCGCCAGGGACACCCAACAGGCACAGCUAUAGAAGCAUAGAAUUGCAGAAAGAGAAUGGACAUCAAGGGCCAUCUAGUCCAAGCCCCUGUGGUGACUUUUCUGUGUUGCUGCAGCGGGGGGGGGGGGGGGCUUGUUUCAAAAGGUCAGCUUCAGGAGAUGCUUUAUUUAUCAGUUUUUGGCUCCGGUCUUUGCCAUUCUUCUUCAUCUGGAUGUUUCCGUGUCUUUCAGGGAACUACGUGCUCAACUACCUUGCCACCAGACCCAAGCUGGCAACUUUCGUUACGCAGGCACUAAUUCAGCUCUACGCCAGGAUCACAAAGCUGGGCUGGUUUGACUGUCAGAAAGAUGAAUAUGUUUUCAGAAACGUCAUCACUGACGUCACAAGGUUUUUACAGGUUGGCCGUUUCCUCCACCCCACCCGUCCCACUUGGCGUAUGUAGUGGUUUAACCAAGAGGCUUCCCAGGAUGCCAUCAGACAGUCGCCACCAACCUAAUGCUCUCUAGCUGUUUUGGACUGUAAUUCCCAGCCAGCAAGGCCAUUUGGCACUGGGGCUGAUGGAAAACCCUUCAAGGUGGUUUGCGACAAUAAAUUAAAAUAAUGAAACACAGUAAUAGAGAGUACCCAAAAUAUUAAAACCAAAAACCAUCAAUGCACAGUACAGAAUCACUUCUGCCCAAGGGAUCUUAAUUGUCUCUGUGUGUGUGUGUGUGUGUGUGUGUGCGCGCGCGCGUGUGUGCGCGCAGUAACAUUUGUCAUCUUGCUGCUUUGACCUCCCUUGUCAUUCAGUCUGACUCUGCCUGUUCCUUCUCCAGGACAGUGUAGAACACUGCAUCAUAGGAGUGACAAUCCUGUCUCAGCUAACAAAUGAAAUUAAUCAAGUAAGUGCCUCAGCCUUCGCCAGUAAACUCAUUGUCAACGCUUCCCCUUUGGAUUGCUGUUGUAUGUUAUGCACCGAUUUCAUGUCCUUUGGUGGUAAGAAAUUGAGCACUCCCUCCAGAGAUUAGUCUCUGCUGUCUCAGGCUUCGUUUACACCUCUUCCCUAUCCAGAGACUCAGAAGGGCACUGCUUUCUAUGAAAAGCAUUAACUGAUGGUGACCCAGAGUUUUUUCUCAGCCAAAAGCCCCCAUUUCUUCAGUAAGAAUGGCAAAGCCACUCUCUGCAAAAUUGCAAAUAAUCACCCUCUUCCUCCAGCUUCUCCUUUCCAGGCAUUUAGAUGGCUCGGCCUACACCCCAUGCAAAGGAGACAGUCAACCUCAGUCUGGAAGCUUGGGCAUUCCCUGAAUGCUGCCAGGCUGUCACAGUUUUGUUCUGCAGAACUGUAAAUCAUUGAACGGACUUCUAAGUUCUUAGCUGGGAUUCCUGCGUUGCAGGCUGUUAGACUAGAUGGCCUUUGGGUUCCCUUCAAACCCUUGAGUUCUAUGAAAUUAGUGCUCUAGGCGGUUAGCAUGCUUUAUUUACUGGCAGAGGGCAGUAUAUGGGGUGUUCUGCUGUUUCGUGUUUUUCCUUUAUUGAGAUGGUUAGUUUGACUCUGCACUCUUUAACAGACACUUGAGUUCUAAUGAUCUCUUUCUCUCUCUCUGUCUCUCCUUCCCUGCUCCCCACCCCACCCAGGCAGACACUACACACCCAUUGACCAAGCACAGGAAAAUAGCCUCUUCAUUCCGAGAUUCAUCUUUGUUUGAUAUUUUCACUCUCUCGUGCAAUUUACUAAAACAGGUGAUGUGAGAACAACAUUUGGGGGGGGGGGUGGAACUUUGGACAGUGUUUUCUUCUAGCUGUGGGUUUAGGACCCUGAAAUUGCUUCUGUGAAGAAUGCUGUAUCAAGCAAACGCCUGUGUGGUUUUAAAUUAGCUGAGCUGUAUUGACGAGAAAUUUAGCUGUCCUGAAAAGGGAACUACAGAAUAAUAAUAAUAAUAAUAAUACCUUUAUUUCUAACGUACAACCUGUGUACAAUGAAAUUAACUGAGCCUCCCUCCCCCCCCCCAAACACUCAAUCUCAUUGCACUCUGUGUGCUUGUCGCACAACACACCAACCCUGAAAGUCAGUUGCACUAUAUUAUUUUCCGUUCAGCAGCCUAACAGCCCACGGAUAGAAACUGUUUUUUAGCCUGUUGGUACGACUGAUUAUACUUCUAUAUCUCCUGCCUGAGGGUAGAAGAUUAAAGAGGUGCUGGCCAGGGUAUGAAUUGUCCUGAGAAUUUUUCUCGCUCUCCUAAGGCAACGAUCCCUUGUGAUGUCAUCUAGCGGGCUCAGGGAACAGCCCAUGAUAUCAUAUGCUGUGUUCACCACCCCCUGUAAAGACUUUCUGUCCGUGGUUGUCAAGCCAGCAUACCACACUGUGAUACAAUAUGAGAGGAGAAGAAGCAGUGUUGAGUUCAAAUCCCCACUCGGCCAUGAAGCUCACUGGGUGACUUUGGGCCAAUCAUACACUCUGAGCCUCGCCUACCUCACUGGCUUGUUGUGGGGGUUAAAUGAGGAAGGGGAGAAUUGUGUACACCACCUUGGAGAAAAAUGUGAUGUGUGAAUGCAGUACAGUGGUACCUCAGGUUAAGCACUUAAUUUGUUCUGGAGGUCUGUUCUUAACCUGAAACUAUUAUUAACCUGAGGUACCACUUUGCUAAUGGGGCCUUGCACUGCUGCCGUGCGAUUUCUGUUCUCAUCCUGAAGCAAAGUUCUUAACCCGAGGUACUAUUUCUGGGUUAGCGGAGUCUGUAACCUGAAGCGUCUGUAACCCAAGGUACCAUUGUAAAUAACAAAAGUAAAGCAGCAGAAAAUUGAGGGUAGGCACUGAAUAAAAGUCAUGUCCUUUUACAUGGUUUUGUAUGUUUUGUAGUAUUUUAUGCACUGAGACUUGCCGUUACCUUUAUUAUAGAUUAGUAAUUCUUUAUUGUAAUUGAUAAGUGUAAUCUGUCUAUUAUUUGCUGAUGUUUAAUUUUACUGUUUACUAUUAAAUUCUAAUAGAUUAUUGACUAUUGCUUUAUUUAAGUUGUUUAUUUUAAAGUUAUUGUGACUUUUUAUAUUGGAUCAGAUUGUUAUUAUUAGUGUUCAGUGUUUUAUUAUGUUUUUAUAUGUGUUGGAUAUAAAACCCAACCAGAUGGGCAGGGUGUAAAUAAAUAAAAACAUCAUUAUUAUUUAUUAAAACCGAGUUCCACAGGAAAUAAAGCUCCACUUUUUCUUUUACUGUAAGAUUGGGGCAUUCCAGCGUUUCUGGUAGGGGAGCCCUGAGAUGAAACCUUUUUGCUUUCCCAUUCCAGGAUUCCCUUUUCCUUUAGGCUUGGCAGGUGUCUUGAACUCUGCCCAUUAACAGAUGUGGUUUUGCAUUCUAUUUUUCUUCUUCUGGUAGGCUUCAGGGAAAAACCUGAACCUGAACGAUGAAAGCCAGCACGGCCUCCUCAUGCAGCUUCUCAAGCUCACACACAACUGCCUAAACUUCGACUUCAUUGGUACAUCCACAGAUGAGUCCUCAGAUGACCUUUGCACCGUGCAGAUCCCCACCAGCUGGAGAUCAGGUAAAGCGCCUUUCUUCCCUGCUCUGGCCCAGCCGUGAGAAUCCUUGGGAAGUGAGCUGUGGGAGGGGAACUUGAUCAGUAGCAGGUGUGACUUUGCAAGCUGUGCGCAGUCUUCCCAUCCUCUCUGAGUGACCAGAGUGCUGACAGAUCCCCAAUUCAAGUAUUCCUGUGCUAGGGCUGUUGAGAGUUGUACAGUGGUACCUCGGGUUAGGAACUUAAUUCGUUCUGGAGGCCUGUUCUUAACCUGAAACUGUUCUUAACCUGAAGCACCACUUUAGCUAAUGGGGCCUCCUGCUGCCGCGCCGCGGGAGCACGAUUUCUGUUCUCAUCCUGAAGCAAAGUUCUUAAUCUGAGGUAAUAUUUCUGGGUUAGUGUAGUCUGUAACCUGAUGCGUAUGUAACCCGAGGUACCACUGUAGUCCAAAACAUCCAAAGGGCACCAGGUUGGCACAAGUGGAGUGCUUUGAAUGCUCCACGCUGUAGCUUGUAUGGAUAAAGAUGAGUUGUAAAAUGUCUAGAAAUUGGUGCCUGAGUUUUGAUUUUUUUUAAAUACAGCCAUACCUCGGUUUGAAGUUGCUUCAGGUUGAGUGCUUUUGGAUUGCGCUCCACGGCGACCCAGAAGUAACAGAACGCGUUACUUCCGGGUUUCAUCACUCGCGCAUGUGCAGACAGUCAAAAUGACGUCACGCACAUGCGCGGAAGCAGCGACGCGCAGACACGGGUUGCGUUUACUUCAGGAUGCGAACGGGGCUCUGGAACAGAUCCCGUUCGUAUCCAGAGGUACCACUGUACUUACUUUCAUCUUCCCUCCCUGUCCCCUUUCCCUUGCAUGUGGUGAAGGAAUGGAUGUUUAGUUUAGACUUUACCAUCCUGGUGCCUCAGUUUUGGACUGAAACUCGCAUUGGCCGCAACUAGCCAGCGGUGUAGUGGGGGCAGUGUUGGGAGCACAGCCCCACAUGCUGGGGUUGAUGGGAGUUGUAGUCCAAAACUUAUUGAAUGCACCAGGUUGAAGAAGGCUGGUUUAGUAGAAGCUUUGAAAACAAGAAGCAUAAGACGGCACUUUUACACAAGGCUGUACUUGAUAGUUGCUGCUCGGUUCAUGCCAAUUAAAAAAAUUAUCUCCAGAAUGACUGCCUCCCUCAAUGGGGAACCAGCAUGGGGUGGGGGGAAUCUUUCAGCAGAAACAUUCUGCAAAUAACAUUGGUUUUCUUUUUGUUGUUGUCUUAGAAAGAAAACAGUUUGCUUCUGCAUGCUAGAUUCAUUCAACAGCAGCGGCUGAAUAUUAGAGAAUUUUCUUAAUGUUUGUACAGUGGUACCUCUGGUUGUGAACGGAAGCCGUUCUGGAGGCCCGUUUGCAACAUGAAAAGCCCGUAACUUCAAGCGCCGUGUCUGCGCAGGUGUGCGGCGUGAUUUAGUGCUACUGUGCAUGCACAAAGUGCAAUUUAGUGCUACUGCGCAUGCACGAGCAGUGAAACCUGGAAGUAACCCUUUCCGGUACUUCUGGGUCGCUGCGGGACGCAACCUGAAAAACGUAACAUGAAGCAAACAUAACAUGAGGUAUGACUGUAUUGAAGUCUGAAAGCUCUGUGUUUCCAGUCUCAGCUCUGGGUGGGCGGUGAUGUUUAAAAUUUCUAUACCAUCUUCAUCCGAGGAUCACAGGGCGGUUUACAAUAGAAAAACACAGAAAUACACACCACAGUAACAAACAAAAAACACGCACAGUUUAAAAGGCCAUGGUUUGUUUAAUUAGGCAAAGGUCUGGGAGUAGAGGAAUGUUUUUGCCUGAAGAUAUGUAACAAAGGUGGCAGGCGAGCUUCCCUAGAGAAAGCAUUCCACAUGCAGGGAAGUUAUAUGUGACAUGAGAAGAACCACUCAAGGAUCUCCUGAGGUCUUUCAGCAUCUUUAAAAGCCGUUGAGAGUGGGGAUUGGGGCCAUGAUGCUGUAGAUUGGCCUCCAGUUUUAGAAUCAUAGAGUUGGAAGGGAUCAUGAGGGCCAUCUAGUCCAACACCCUGUAAUGCAGGAAUCUUACAAUGAUCAUAAUGAUGAUGAAAAACCCGUCAGCGCCAAGGGUGUUGAAGGCCUGAGAUAGUCACGAGUGCUGGUUGAACCACUUUGCCAGAGUUCGGGUAUCGACAGUGAUGUGUUGUUUGUUUCUUCCAGCCUUUCUAGAUUCCUCAACUUUACAGCUGUUUUUUGACCUGUACCAUUCCAUCCCUCCUACGUUUUCACCUCUGGUGAGUGUGGCAUUCCUGACUUAGUGGGCAGGGGCAUAUGUUCCAGGGGCAUACAUCCCCUUGAGCAGAUUCACAGGGUGGGUUUGAUCACCCUGUUGGGAGAUCAGGAGGAAGUUUUUCUCCCUCCCUCCCUCUGCAAAAUGGUUACCUGCUUGUUUGCAUUGUCUUUCCACAACCUAUAUGCCAGUGCAAGUGUGUAUUUGGUUUAUAUUUUAUCCCAGACAACUUACGGUUCUCCCUUUUAUUCACCCUCCUGCCUUUAGGUCUUAUCGUGUCUAGUGCAAAUCGCCUCUGUACGUAGGUCCCUAUUUAACAAUGCAGAAAGAGCGAAGUUCCUUUCUCAUCUCGUUGAUGGUGUCAAGCGAAUACUGGAAAACCCUCAGGUGAGUCUGUCAGAACUGUGGAUGAGAGUUAACCGUGUGUGUGUGUGUGUGUGUGUGGUCACAAACUGCCUCUUGAAGCUUGGAAACAGUGGAGAGCCAAAGGCCCAUGGAACUGAGCAACAGGUGGUAAACUAGCUGGCAACCAAGGCAAAGCUUAAGAGGGUGAAUAAACACAAAGCUUCAUCGUACUCGUGGUUAACUUUGGGCAGGCAAAAUUGGAGGAAAGAAAUAAGUGGUUGUGACUGAGAAAAUGUCCCGGGAUUGAGAUCCGUCAGUAGGUGAGUGCUUCAUACUGAACCCAGCAACAUUAUGUGCCAAAAGAUUUUUUUGGCAAGUCUCUUUGCUGAGCUCUGCAACCUAUAGUGCACACACGUGUGUGUGUUUAUUGCCGUGUUCACUCUUCAGUUUUUUAGUCACUCCUUCCAUAUCCACUGACCGUGCUCUGUUCUCAUUGGACUGUUAUUCCAGUUGUUGAAAACCACUGGAGAGGGAAGUGCUCUUGCACAGGUUUCCAAUUGGAACAUCUGGUUGGCCAUCGUGAAAAGAGGAUGACUGACUAGAUGGGCCUUUGGCCCAACCCAGCAGUAUCUUCAUCUGUUUCCUCCCACCACAUCCCAUUGUGCCCCCCCCCCCACUUCUGCAAACCUUUCCCCCCAGUUGCUGAUUCCUUCUUGUGUGUGGACGGUGCCUUUUGUGGUAGGUAAAGGCAGGAACUUGGAACAAGGGCUCUCUUUGUAUACUUGUUUGUUCUGCUAGAUAAUAAGAAGCUACAAAGAGAUGCAGGUCACAAGAACCUCAGCCUACUCCAGGCUUCAUAAAUUUCACUCGGCCAUUAUCUGCCAUUCUUGGUGCACAACAGGUUUGAGCGACAUUUCUGUCCCCCAUCCGAAGACAAGGGCAGCUGUUGACUCCACACAGUGGGCCAGGCUGGUUCACGGUGGUAGGAUGCCCACCAACAUUGCAGAGCGAGUCAGAGGUCUUAGGUGCUCAGUUAUUUAGUGCCUGAACAAAUUAGUGUUUCGGAUACUGUACUUAAUGGCAGCCCCUAUCACCAGCAGUGUUGGGCUGCUGUUGCCUGGCUCUCAGGUAGACCCAUUCAUUGUAUGCCACAGUGAUGAGCCUUCACUAGUCCCCAGCCAUGGGAGCAAACGUUUUUUGUGCUGUGCCACACUUUAAUGUUGUGAGCUGCCCUGUGAUCUUCAGAUGGAGGGUGGGAUACAAAUUAAAUAAUCAAUCAAUCCAGUUUACUGAUUCCUGUGCCAUGACCCAUUUCGAAAUUUGUUCCUUUCCCAGAGCUUGUCAGACCCAAACAACUACCAUGAGUUCUGUCGACUUCUGGCCCGCCUGAAAAGCAAUUACCAGCUCGGGGAGCUGGUGAAAGUGGAAAACUACCCUGAGGUCAUCCGCCUCAUUGCCAACUUCACAGUGACCAGCUUGCAGGUGAGAAGCUGCGUGGUUUGGCACUGUGUGCGUGUGUGUUGCGGAGGGAGGGUUUUCAGCAGGGGGAGAGCACCCAAAAUCACACUGCGACCUUUGACCUCGUUAGGUUCAAACUGAGAGGGGAGUGGUGGGCUCCCCUCUCAGAGUCACCUGCUGUGGGUAUAUAAGGUGCAUAAGGUAAUAUUGUGCCCCCUGUCAUUACGCAGAAUUGCCUUGGUUUGUUCCUCGCUGCACGGCAUUUUAGCUCAUUAAGAGCAGGAAACACUUCCAGCCGUUCAGACCACAGCAAGGCAAAGCGUACCGUCUGUCAGGGCCACCAGUCUUUGAAACAUCUCCUCUCCCCAUGUUUGGGAAAUGUACUGACGUUAGGUAGCCUGCAUGUGAGGGAAUUUAAAAAGUGUGUGAAAGGAUAUUGUUAGGAGAAUCUGCUUACUGUAUGUUUCUGUAAUGUUUGUGUGGGGGGAAAUCUCAGCCAUGGGCCUGUUUGAUAGAAAUUAGACACUGAAUUCUUCUUGCUUAACCAGGCAUCCAGCUCUGAUAAUGCAGGCAUGCUUUUCCUCUGAGAAUGUGACUUAAUUUCUGCGCAUGUGUAAAGCUAAGGUGAGGGAGUGCCUCUGUAUAAGCUACUCUUGUUCUGACCAAAUAAAAACUAUCGUAAACGUUGCAACUGGAGUGGUGAAUAGAAGAAAAUCCACUACCUUGGCCAGCGUGGCAGAAUCUUGUUUAAUUUUAUAAAAAUGGAGAAGCUUCCUUUGUUGUAUUCAGGUGCUGAGAUGCAUGACACACACACCCAAAAUAAGGAUGUUCAAGGUCCCAAGUACAGACUUUAGGUUCCCCUUUAGAAGCAUACAGGUGUCCAAACAGAACUGCACUGUGCUGCUUACUCUACUUACAAAUGUUGAUGGCUGUUUGCUUGAAUGGCUCCCAUGUCCUUCAGCCCAAAGGCUGGGGAUCGGGGUGGGGGACGCUGGCCAGCCCGCAAGUGGCAUUCCGUUUCCUCCCCUUUGUUCCUACAGCACUGGGAAUUUGCUCCGAACAGCGUUCACUAUCUCCUGAGCCUGUGGCAGCGCCUGGCAGCGUCGGUUCCUUACGUCAAAGCCACAGAGCCACACAUGCUGGAGACUUACACGCCUGAAGUCACCAAAGCUUACAUCACCUCCAGGCUGGAGUCUGUGCACAUCAUACUGAGGUAAAGAGGCCAAGGAUAAAGUGGUACUCAAGGAGUGGAGGGAGAACAGCCUGCACAACCCCCUGUUGGUACCUAAGCAGUUCAGGACCCAGUUAUCUGAAGGACCCAUGUACCCAUACGUACCUACCCAAGCUAUAAGCUUGGCCCUGCAGCUGCUGUCCAGUGCACGGGUAAAAGCUGUUAGGUUGAUGAGUACCAGCAGCAGCAGCGCCUUUUCUGUGGUGGCCCCCUAAACCUACAACAUCCUUCCCAGGGAAAUACACAUGAUCCCCCUCCCCCUCUCAUAGGCCUUUUUUCAUUCUGGUCUGUGUUGGGGUGAUUUUAGGGUUGCUGUGUUUUAAGAACUUGGUUUUAUCUGCUGCAUCUGCAUGUUUGUUUUUUAAAUGCUUUACAACUUGGGGAUUUUAAUAUUGAUCUGUUGUUGUGGGAGUUAUUACCCACACAAAAAUAUGCUGUGGUUAUUUAUUUACUUAUCAGUCUUACUUGUAGCUCCCUCUUAUUUGAAUGUUCUGAGUCCCAGAGUGGGAAGGAAAGUAAAAAAAAAUUAAAAACCAUAGAAAAAUGAUAUAGAAAAAUUACAAAAUCAUAUCAACAGGACCAAUAAACAACUAAACAAUUCUAUCAUAAAGUAAACAGGUCAAAUUGCAUCAGCAUAAAUGAAUGAAUGAAUGAAUGAAUGAAUAUUUCCAGUUUAACAAAAUGUGGGCCUUGGGCUCAACAGAGCUGCCAGGUAGUGAUUUACAGGUGGAUUUGCUGGCCUCUUCCAGAGAGCUGCCACAAAACAACAGCAUAGUGGGCCUUGCCUUACAGCCUAGAGGUGAGAACUGAGCUGCGUUCUUUGGGAAACAAGCUUGAUCCACCUUCUGGCAGCCGCGUUUCACUCUCUCUCCCCGCCUUGCUGCUUGCUCCCCAUGCAGAGACGGCUUGGAAGAUCCGCUGGACGACACGGGCCUGGUGCAGCAGCAGCUAGACCAGCUGUCCACUAUCGGGCGCUGUGAAUAUGAGAAGACGUGUGCUCUCCUUGUGCAGCUGUUUGACCAGUCAGCUCAGUCCUACCAGGAGCUGUUGCAGAGUGCGACGGCCAUCCCUGUGGAUGUGGCUGUGCAGGAAGGUGAGGGCCCAGAGAUCAGCUGCAUCACUCCUGUGCAUCACAGCAAAGAAGAGUUCGGGGAAAGGGGUUGUAUAGGGUGCUGCUGCUUCUUCACCCUUUAGCCAACCCAGUGUCCUUUAAGAUUGUGACCCUUUGUGCAUAUUUUAAUUAGUUUGUCAUGGGUAUUACCUGUGAAUUUUUCAGGUUGUACUUUGAACAGAUCUUGGAAAAGGGGACAUAAAUUGCUUGCCUCCAGAGAUUUCGUCAGCAAAGCAGAUACGGCAUGCGGCAGGAAGGGACUCUGUUUUGCUGCCCCAUCUUGCAUCAUUUGCUGCAAAUUAUAGUAUGUGUUGCAGUAAUGGAGCAGUGGAAAUGGCAAAGGACUUUGGGGCAGUAAGAGAGUAGGUGGCAAGUUUCAUCUGAAUAUCAGAGGAAAGGGGCAUUAGAACCUAUUAGAUGCUGGUUGAAACUGCUGAGGUUAAAGAAAAAAGAAUAGCAUUUGUUCAAAGGUUGGCUGUGGUUAGGAGGAAGAAGAAAUUAAAGCGCUGGCAUAAUCUGCUAUUUAAAACCACUGCUUCUAAUAAUAAUAAUAAUAAUAAUUUAUUAUUUAUACCCCACCCAUCUGGCUGGGUUUCCGCAGCCACUCUGGGCGGCUUCCAACAAAACACUAAAAUACAAUAACCUAUUAAACAUUUAAAGCUUCCCUAAAGCUGCCUUCAGAUAUCUUCUAAAAGUUUGGUAGUUAUUUUUCUCUUUGACAUCUGGUGGGAGGGCGUUCCACAGGGCGGGUGCCACUACCGAGAAGGCCCUCUCCUUGGUUCCCUGUAACUUGACUUCUCUCAGUAAGGGAACCACCGGAAGGCCCUCGGUGCUGGACCUCAGUGUCCGGGCAGAACGAUGGGGGUGGAGACGCUUCUUCAGGUAUACUGGGCCGAGGCCGUUUAGGGCUUUAAAGGUCAGCACCAACACUUUUGAAUUGUGCUCAGAAACGUACUGGGAGCCAGUGUAGGUCUAACUAUAAGAACAGAUCAGCAGUGCAACAGAUUGUCAGGAAAACAGUAGAAACUCACUCCCCCCUCCCUUUUUUUCAGAAGUACAGUGGUUGAGAUAUUUUUAGUGUGGACUGUAGAUGCAAGGGAAUCCCAUCUUCCCCAAUUGUUGGACCUUGAUCUUAGCUUUUCAGGGAAACACUUCUGUGGAUCAGGACUCUUGCUCUUCUGGUUUCAGGACGCCUGACGUGGCUCGUCUAUAUCAUUGGGGCUGUGAUUGGUGGGCGAGUGUCAUUUGCCAGCACAGAUGAGCAGGACGCAAUGGACGGCGAGCUGGUUUGUCGGUAGGAGCCGUUGGAUUCCUUAGCAGCCCUGGUUUCUUCAUGCUGAAAACACUAGAAUAUGGAAAGGGCCAUAAUGAAGAGCUGUUAUCUGGGAUUAGUGGCUGGCUGGGUGGGAGAAUUAGUGGCACAGCUCUGUGGCUGCUCUUACCUUCAGGGUUAUCACGAGGGCUGUGUACUGCAGAAGUUUGAACUCCGAGGAAUCUCCAUCCCAGAAUUAGUGGAAGCAGAAUAGAUUAUACAAAUCUCCAUCUUAUUCCGCAGACUUCUUGCACAUAGAAAGGUUCCUCUUGCCAAAUACAAGUUGUGCAUUCCGGGGUAAAACAUAAUUAGGAAAGUGUAGAAAACGCUUCUAAAACAGCAGAAAAUGUUGGGUGAGAAGCAUUUUGAACUUGACUGAAUACUUAAAAUUUCACACAAGUCAAGGAUCCCUGAGAGUCUUUUAAGCCCUUGUAGUGGAUUUUCUUCAAUUAAUCCACGCCAGUUGCGGCAUCAUCUCUGAUCAUGCAUGCAUGCUUUUCCUCUGAGAUUGUGACUUAAUUUUUCUGCUUGUGUAAAGUUAAUGCACAGGAAUGCCACUAGAUAUGCCUGUGUUUACUCACAAGCCUUUGAACGCUGCUUUUGUGAGUUCCCAAUGGUUGCUGUUGUUCUGACCAAGUAAAAGCUGUUUUAAACGUCACCACUGGAAUGGUUAAUCAAAGAAAAACCACUACACCCUCUUUGGCUCAAUCCUACAUAAAAUUUUGGGCAGUGCAUUGAGUCAUUUUCAGCCUGCAGAGAGCACAGAAGCCUAACUGAAUAUUCCCCCUGCCCAUUGAUACAAUUCGUUCUUGCAUGUGGACACCAGUGAACUGGAGCAAGUCCUGCGUCUCAGAGGCACCUUCCAGUGGUGACUGUCAUGGCCGCAGGCUGCCUACCUGCCUGUGGCUGCAUCUUCAGUCUGGUGUCCAGUGACGCAUGCGUCUGCCCUACAGUUAGCCCCCUCUCCUUGUGUCGAGAGUGUGUGCAGAGUUCUGCAGCUCAUGCUCUUAAUGCCUGCGUUCAUCUAACAUGGGGUAACAAAGAGGCACCCUUUCCUCAUGGCAGGGGCAACUUCAAACUUGCUGGCUAAGUACUGAGCCUCUGUGAUGUUGCAUGACCUUCAAUUCCCACCCCCUCACUUGUUGCCUCCCUAGGGUUCUUCAGCUCAUGAACCUAACCGACUCACGCCUGGCUCAGGCCGGCAAUGAGAAGCUUGAGCUUGCCAUGCUGAGCUUCUUUGAGCAGUUCCGGAAGAUCUACAUCGGAGACCAGGUGCAGAAGUCUUCCAAGGUAAAUGCCUCCUCUGCCUCCUAGUGGCUUUUAUGUUUUCGGGCCUACCUGCUCUCAUGGCAUAAUGAAAGGCUCCACCUGCGACUGCUUUUUUGUGACUUGCUGGCUGUUGGAAGUCGGCCACGGUUUAGGCUAGUGGCCAAAGCAGAAGUCAAAUGUUUUCUCCGUACCCAAAUCAAGAGGUGCAGGGUGCUUGGAGGAGUUCCAAGUGAAUGCAGCUGCCUCCAAAUGGAGAAUACCUGGGUGAGGUCUGGGCUAGACAGAGGGCAGCAUGGCUGUGAAGCCUGAAAGAGCCUCCCCACAAGCAGCAGGAAAGAAAGCCUGAGCUCUAUAUAGCUAUUGAUGACUACUAGCCACAAUAACUAUGCUCUGCCUCCACAGUUAGGCCGAAACGCUUCUGAAUACCAGUUGCUGGAAAGCACUGGAGGGGAGAGUAGCUCUUGUGCUCAAAUCCUGCAUAACCAAAGUGAAAACAGGAUGCUGGACUAGAUGGGCCAUUGGCCUGUUGCAGCAGGCUCUUCUUGUAUCCUUAAAUGAUUCUAGGAAGCAGGUGCCAUACUAAACAGCCAUUGAGUGUUGUGUUUUCUUUUUCCUGACCUGCUAGGCUUCUGUUUCCUCCAGGCACCUGUGGUCUUAAAGGAAAAAUAACAAUUUCUAAGGAAGCCUCUAAGCUUGACUUUGUUUUCCGCUUCUAGCUAUAUCGGCGGCUCUCGGAGGUCCUUGGGCUGAACGAUGAGACCAUGGUCCUGAGUGUCUUUAUAGGGAAAAUGUAAGUGUUCUGACUCCUUGCCAGUUGCGCUUGUCCAUCAUACAUCUCUGAAGCCCUUGAGUCUCUGCUGGGAUGCUCAGAGACUAGAGCAGGAACACCUCCAGGCUACAGGCUGAACUUUGGGCCAGAGUUUGGCUGAUGGGCUGCUCCAGAGAUGCACCUGUCCUCCUCCUCUACACCUUCCCCCACAUGAGAUUUCUCCUCCCAGCAGCGGUUUCACCUGCCUAGGCAGGAGUGAAAAGGCAUGCUCUGUUUUGCACGCCAGCCACCUUCCAAAGCAGGACUGUUCUGCCCCUGCCCACCCCCUGGUAGCAUUACUUAGUUUUAAAUGGUUGAAGGCUCCCUUCUUGGAAGUGUGGCCUGGGAUGAGCCAGUCGAGCUCCUGAGGGGCCAGGGGGUCAAGCGCUUCCCUCCCUAGCCCCCAGGCCGAAUCAGCCCUUGGCUGCCCACCUUGAGGCCUGUGGCUGCUGGGUGAGACUCUUCACAAGGGCUUCUGGAAUUCUGCAGCCGGUGGUGGAAGGGGCAGGUUGCCUCACGGCAGAGGGGCAUGUUGUCACUGCCGCAGGAUUCUCUUGCCCUUGCUGCAGAAAUCGGCCCAACAGUGCCACAGCAUUCCACGGGCCCUGAGUUUGGGCCAGUGUAGCUUUGGGAUCCAAGUAGUGAAGAUUAUCUGAAGGAUAAUUUUCUAGUCAACCAAAUGUAAGUACUGUGACUUUACGCUGGUCUUUUCUGGCUUGUGUCGUUGUCUGUGGCUUUAGGGGAGGAUGGAGAUGGGUGAGAGAAAGGAGGGGCAGUCUUGAAUCUGAGUGUAUUUUUUCUCUCCCCUUCUAGCAUCACCAACCUGAAGUACUGGGGGCGGUGUGAGCCGAUCACCUCCAAGACACUACAGCUUCUCAACGACCUCUCCAUUGGAUAUCCUUUUCAGCAGACCUCUUCCUUGGGUUUGGGCACCCAACGGACACGUCGUCACAGUUGCAGGCAGCUGUCAGGCAAAGCCAGGCUUCCUUGCUUUGAUGUCCUUCAGGGCUCACCGUCCCAUUUCCAGCCUGGCAAUUGAUAACUUUGGUCUGCCUCAAAAUCAUCAUCCCAUUUCUCAUUUUGCCCAGAAAAAAAUGGCCCCUACCCCCUAGGCAAUUGAUUCCAGCUAAGUACUAGGGUUUUGUAGCGAGCCAGUGUGGUGUAGUGGUUAAGAGCAGUAGACUCAUAAUCUGGUGAACCGGGUUUGGGUCUCCACUCCUCCACAUGCAGCUGCUGGGUGACCUUGGGCCAGUCACACUUCUCUGAAGUCUCUCAGCCCCACUCACCUCACAGAGUGUUUGUUGUGGGGGAGGAAGGGAAAGGAGAUUGUUAGUCGCUUUGAGACUCCUUCAGGUAGUGAUAAAGCAGGAUUUCAAAUCCAAACUCUUCUUUUGCACUAGAACAGGUUAAAUUCAUUUUCUUAACUCGCUUUGUAUUUGUAAAGUGCAGAUAAAUUGGGGAAGAAGCUUAGCCUAGUUGGGUAGGUGCAACUAGGAUUUUAAAAAGCAAACUAUUAAUCAAUAAUUAUGGGUUGGAAGAGGACCCAGAAGUUGCCUUUUCAACUCCCAGCCCAAUGCAGAUUAAUCUCUGCAGUCCUGACCAUAACUAGGGAGCAGAUCUACCACAUGAAUGUACUUGCAGAGCAGGUAACUUGCACACAGCAGAAGGAAGGUGAAAAUCCCAUGGUGGCUAUGUUCUGCCCCCACAGUUGGAGGCAGCAGUGUUUCUGAAAAUCCAUUACUGGAAACCACAGGAGGGGAGAGGCUCUUGUGCUCAGAUCCUGCUUGCCAGUUUCCCAUAGGCACCUGGUUGGCCACUGUGAGAGCAGAAUGCUGGACUGGAUGGAACAUUUGCCUGAUCCAGCAGGCACUUAUCAAGUUCUUAGCCAGCCUGACCUAUGGGUCAGGGACGGAGUGUGUGAAUGCAACUGCAGAUAUUGCAAUAGGCAACUUUGACAUUAAGGGCCUAACUCAAUCAGUCACGCUGGCUGGGGUGAUGGAAGUUGUAGUCAGAACAAUCUGGAGAGUACCAGGUUGAGGAACCCAUCUUCCCGGGUUUGCAUGAGGCUACCUUGUUGGCAGUCCCGGGAAUCGUCCCUUCAUCCUCCCAGGGCUUUCUAACCAGUUUUUGACUGGUGCUGUUUCCUUAACAUGGCUUCUACCUACAGCAGCGUUAGGAAACUGGUGAAACUCAGCGCUGUGCAGUUCAUGCUGAACAAUCACACGGUAAGCUUUCAGCCAUCUCUGGUGCUUCACUGAGGUUGAGUGAAUUUGCACGGUAAAAGGUGUCCCUGUUUGUUCCUUAGGAUGAAGUCUUCCUGGCCCAGGUAGCUUCUGUUCCCAAGGUCUCUGCUGAAUACAUGGCAGCUCUCAUGUCUCCUCUCAAGGGUUGUUGCUUGUGCUGCGCUGCCCCCUGUGGUGGAUUUUCAUGCCGUGCUUCUAGAUGGCAAAAUUCUCCUACAUCCAUGCCUGAAUCAUCAUGGGAGGCCUCUGUGCUGACAAUGUGAGAGACAGGCAGAGAUGGAGAGAGACUGUAACUUGAGGAAUUGAGGGCAGCAGUAAUAGCAGCAUCUGUGCAGCCCCUUCCAAUUCCCAUGCGACAUCCCCAGCAUUCUCGGCUCCGUUCCUCACUAGUCUUUGUAGAUAUGCCACAAAUGAGUUAUUCUAGAUCAGUGGUUCCCAAACAUUUUUUAGGUCCCAGCCCCUGCAGUGCCCCCACCCUAUAAAUAACAUACAGAAUAGUGGUUUGCACAGCCCAGUAAGGCAGAUAAUAGCACAGUAAAAUUUAAAACAGUAACCAUUAAUUGUGCAUUUAUCCAAAAGACAAUAAAAACUAUUUAGUUCAAUUAAUUAAACAAAAUUGGUGAACUCGAUCCAGUGAUGCCAGCUUUCCAAAGCCUAUCACUCAUUAACACCUCCGGUGCCCCUCUGCUGCCCUCCUGCCUCUUAGCACCCCCCAGGUCACCCCCACACUCCGGAAGGAGCCGUACCACCCACCUUGGGAACCACAGAUCUAGAGGUUGGGCUACGUGUUUGAAACACGGCUGCCUUUCAAGAUUGCCAGAAGCCUGCUGUUUUGUUCUUGGGCAGAACCCAUUGUCCUUGCUACAAAGGUUUGUCCCCAAAGCCACAUGGCACCGGAGCUCUGGGAUGUCUGCUGUGACUGUUUUGGACCCUCAAAUCCGGCCUGCAGACCUGCCCUUCUGUUAGUCCCUUGUAAGAUAAUGACAACCUGAAAAAGAGAGAGAACCCUUUCAGUUUAUAAAAGCCUUGUCUUUCUGCUUGCCUGAAAAUGACUAUUGCAUCCGCAGGUAGCUAGACAGGCCCCUUAGCCCCCCACUGCAUGAGUUUCUAGUCUGUCUGUCAUCUCCUUUGCACACACCUCCACAACCCUGGAUCUGAGAUAUCAAAGCAUCCGAAAUACAAGCAGAAGCAAGAGAGAGACCAGUUCCUCUUGCUGUGUAGAGCAGGCAUCAGCAACCUUUUUUCAGCCGUGGGCCGGUCCACCGUCCCUCAGACCAUGUGGGGGGACAGAAUAUUUUGGGGGGGGGGCAAUGAACAAAUUCCUAUGCCCCACAAAUAACCCAGAGAUGCAUUUUUAAUAAAAGCACACAUUCUACUCAUGUAAAAACACGCUGAUUCCCAGACCGUCUGUGAGCCGGAUUGAGAAGGCGACUGGGCCGCAUUCUGCCCACGGUCCUUAGGUUGCCUACUCUUGGUGUAGAAAGUAUGCAAAAUAUUUUUUUUCUGGAGUGUAUGAGAGUUGCUUUGAGCCUGGGAUUAAAACAUUUUAAAUAAACACAUGCCCCCAGCCCUUGUGAAGAGAAGCGUGUCAGGAUCCUUGCCUUUUCCUUUCCCAUUAGAGUGUAUGGCUAAUGACCUCUGGAAGGUGCUAAAGGUCUGUUUUCUAGGCUGUUCUAGUCCUUUUGGUAAGGGUUUGCAUAGCUUUUUUGCGGUUGUUAAUUUUCAGGAUACAGGCCAGUUCAAAGUUGCUUCGCCUGUUACCUUUACAAUGCUUGGGCAAUGACUUGAGUCAUCCGCAUUUGACCGCUGUGCCCCACAAGCUCCUGGCAGCUCUGCCUUGUAUGCGCAGGUCCAGGCCUUUCUGUGGCUGGCUAGUAUUGGUGAUAGCAUUUCAAAUGCUAGGUUAAGUGCUACAAAUUGCGCAAGUAAAUACUAAAAAGAGGAUGUUUUGCUAUAAUUUCCUGUUAUUCGCACUUCUGUUGACAAUUCAAAUUGAAUUUCAAAACCACGCCUAAAUCAUGACACUUGAGUAAGUGAAAAAUCCUGUGCAUUGUAAGUAAUCUAGUGGAGUUACACGCACUUGACAGCUGGGAUUGAUGGCCAAAUUCUAGUCAAGCUGCCCCAACUGCCGAAAGCAGGACGAGGAAGACAGCGUGCUCUUGACUGGCCAGUGUGGGCACAAGCCAGGCACAAAACCUGCCCCUUCACCCCCUGACCAGCUGCUCCUCAAUAACCUAAUUUUUGUUCUUCAACAGAGUGAGCACUUUUCGUUCUUGGGUAUUAACAAUCAGUCCAACCUGAGUGAUAUGAGAUGUCGGACAACUUUCUACACUGCACUUGGGCGCCUCCUCAUGGUGGACCUAGGUAUUGCACUCUGUUCUUACGGGCCCAGAAACAGGCCGCUGGACUCUUCUAGUCUUAACUAAUUUAAUUAUUGGUGGGGGCAGUUAAUAAGCUAACUUCCUGUAAAGCAAACAAAUCUGCUAGGCAGGGUUGGGGAGGAAUCUGAAUGUUGAUUUUUUUAUAUAUAUAAGAUAUUUAUUAAGGUUUUUUGAAAUAUUACAGUGAAAAUGAAAAAUAAAAAUAAAAAAUAAAAACAGUUAAAAACACACAUAUUUUCUAUUACUUAUUUUCCUUUAGCUUGUUUCCCGGACCUCCUCGUACCUCCCUUUUUUGUAUUCCACUUCAAUUUAUUGGUUCAGCAAAUCCUUACCAUUAGAUUUUAACCCAUUUAUAACCCUUUUUUUCAUAUUCUCUUAGAACAUUACAGCUGGAAACCGCUUAAUUACUAUCCAACAUCAUUCUAUCAUUCAUUAAUUUUACAAUAUUUCUGUAAAUAGUCUUUAAAUUUCUUCCAAUCUUCUUCCACCGACUCUUCUCCCUGGUCUCGGAUUCUGCCAGUCAUUUCUGCCAAUUCCAUAUAGUCCAUCACCUUCAUCUGCCAUUCUUCCAAAGUGGGUAGAUCUUGUGUCUUCCAAUACUUUGCAAUGAGUAUUCUUGCUGCUGUUGUAGCAUAAAUAAAAAAUGUUCUGUCCUUCUUUGGCACCAAUUGGCCGACAAUGCCCAGAAGAAAGGCCUCUGGUUUCUUCAAGAGGGUAUAUUUAAAUACCUUUUUCAGUUCAUUAUAUAUCAUUUCCCAGAAAGCCUUAAUCCUUGGGCACAUCCACCAAAAGUGAAAGAAUGUACCUUCCGUUUCUUUACAUUUCCAGCAUUUAUUGUCAGGCAAAUGAUAGAUUUUUGCAAGCUUGACUGGGGUCAUGUACCACCUGUAUAUCAUUUUCAUAAUAUUCUCUCUUAGGGCAUUACAUGCCGUAAACUUCAUACCUGUGGUCCAUAACUGUUCCCAAUCAGCAAACAUAAUAUUAUGUCCAACAUCUUGUGCCCAUUUAAUCAUAGCAGAUUUCACUGUUUCAUCCUGAGUAUUCCAUUUCAACAGCAAGUUAUACAUUCUUGACAAAUUCUUAGUUUUGGGUUCUAACAGUUCUGUUUCUAGUUUUGAUUUUUCCACCUGGAAGCCAAUUUUCUUAUCCAAAUUAUAUGCCUCCAUUAUCUGAUAAUAAUGAAGCCAAUCUCUCACUUUGUUUUUUAGUUUCUCAAAACUCUGCAAUUUCAAUUUGUCUCCUUCUUGUUCCAAAAUUUCCCAAUAUUUCGGCCAUUUGGCCUCCAUAUUGAGCCUUUUCUGAGCUUUCGCUUCCAUCGGUGACAACCACCUUGGGGUUUUAUUUUCCAAUAAAUCCUUGUACCUUAUCCAAACAUUAAACAGUGCUUUCCUGACAAUAUGAUUUUUAAAUGCUUUAUGUGCUUUGACCUUAUCAUACCAUAAAUAUGCAUGCCAUCCAAAUACGUUUUUAAAACCUUCUAAAUCCAAAAUGUCUGUAUUUUCAAGAAGUAGCCAUUCUUUCAACCAGCAAAAAGCUGCUGAUUCAUAAUAAAGUUUAAAGUCUGGCAGGGCAAAUCCACCUCUUUCCUUUGCAUCAGUUAAUAUCUUAAAUUUUAUUCUGGGCUUCUUGCCCUGCCAGACAAAUCUAGAUCUUUAUCUUGUACACGUUAGCACCCCAAAGUUCACUAGAUGGGCCAAUUGAGGAGAAUUAGUUCUGCAGACGGUGACCCCAGAUUUGUGGCGUGUGUUGCAGUGCACAGGGCUGUAGAAGAUAACAGUCCUUCAUGCCUCUCUUCCAGGGGAGGACGAGGAUCAGUAUGAGCAGUUUAUGCUGCCCCUCACAGCUGCCUUCGAGACGGUGGCGCAGAUGUUCAGCACCAACACCUUCAAUGAGCAGGAGGCAAAGGUAAGGAAGGUCCAGCUCUCGCUCCCCCAAUCUUCAGCCACCUCCUCGCACAAGCCUCCAAGCCACGGAGAGCUUCUGUCGCCUGCUUGGCAAAACAUUCUGGACUUCAGCUUAACCUAUCAGCCAAUGGCCCUGCUCACUGGGACUGAUGCAAACUGUAGUCCAAAACUUGUAGUGGGCGCCUGGUUGGCAAAACCUGGCUUGGAGGCUCUCUCUCAACUUGUGUGUGCAACCAAGAGGGCUCUUCCACAUACAGUCUCUAGUGAUGGCCAGCCUCCUUCAGAAUCUGAAGCAGGGAUUACCUGUCAAUGGAGGACGGCAUCCUUUGACUUGGGCUCAAGGCAGGUCUUUUACAAAUCACACAUAGUGCAUCAGGCCAUUAGGAGGAGGGUCUCCCUCAACACACACACACCUCAAAUUCCUGCUCCUGCCUGCUGUUGAGGCUAGACCAGAGGUCAGCCACCUUUUUCAGCCGUGGGCCGGUCCACUGUCCCUUAGACCAGUGUUCCCCAACCUUGGGCCUCCAGCUGUUUUUGGACUACAACUCCCAUCAUCCCUCGCUAGCAAGACCAGUGGUCAAGGAUGAUGGGAAUUGUAGUCCAAAAACAGCUGGAGGCCCAAGGUUGGGGAACACUGCCUUAGACCACGUGUGGGGCUGGACUAUAUUGGGGGGGUGGGGAAUGAACGAAUUCCUAUACCCCGCAAAUAAGAUGCAUUUUAAAUAAAAGGACACAUUCUACUCAUGUAAAAACACUUUGAUCCCUGGACCGUCCGCAGGCCGGAUUGAGAAUGCAAUUGGGCCGGAUCUGGCCCCUGGGCCUUAGGUUGCCUACUCCUGGGCUAGGCAUUUGUCAGAGCCCUUCUGCCUCUCUGAACUUCCUCGUUCUCUUUUGGCUACCAGUAAUUUCUUUUCCUCCCCUUCCUCCUUCUGCAGUGCUUAGUUAGGUGGCUGCCUGGUUUGAUUUUUUUCUCGCUGCAUGCAGACCUCAUUGGGCUUUCAGGAUGCUACCUUCCACCUGGACUGUAAAGCCAUCAGGCUCCUCGUGCAAUCCUGGCCUGAAAAGAGCAAUGACCAGUCCUUAAUUUCAUCCAGCGGGAAGUGGGCAGACAACCACUCAGCAAACGGACUCUCAUUAUGGAUAUUUAUUUCCCACCCAUUUAUACCCCAGUUGGCAACAGAGGGGGGCUUUUUCUCUUAUUUGGCCCUGAUCAUUUCACAGGACUCUUAAAACUGUCACAGGCAGCAGAUGCUAGCCUGUAUGCAUCUUUUUUUUUCUUUUCUUCUCAUCCUGCGACAAGAUGGUGGUGUGUUUAGAAUGAAUUUAUGGCCUAAACACUGAAUCAUGGAAACAACCUCUAAAACAAACCUUUCUGUGGUUCCUGAUCAGAGUCUCAAACUAUUCGGGGAAGAAGCCCUCAAUGACAUGCUAAUUGAGACAUUAUUCUUACUCUUAUUUUAUUUGUACCCCGCCCAUCUGGGGGCUAGAGGAUUGCAGAAUCGGGGCGCAGCGUUGAUGUCAGAUGACACCAUCGCUCCUAGAACAAACCAGAGUCGCAACCCCAGCCAACUGUGCCCUUGACAAUUCACACCUUCCCUCCUGCGAGAAGAGGAAACACGGGAGAAGGGUGUCAUCCUAGCAACAGUUUUGGCCGUACAUUGACUCCAGCAAAAGAAAGGCACCAGUUAAUGUCACCAGUGUCCGGGUCUUCAGAAAAAUACACCCCAGCCUCCCUGGCAAUGCAAUAUCUGCUUGAUAUCCACAGUACAAAACAAUUCCAGAUUCUCAGAAAUGUUUGGGGUGUACAGUAAGGGGUGUAUGUUUGCUUUUUAAAAUGAAUUUUAAAAAACCAAAGUGAACGAACCUCAUUUGCUUUAAGUAUAAAAACAAAUGGUAAUUCAAAAGAAUGAGUUUUAAAUGGGGGAAAAGCCAUUUGCUUCUUUGGGGAUAAAAAAUGGAAACUGUCUGGAACAGCUUGUACUGGUUGCAGGGAGCGGGAAAAGAGAGCAGUCAGACACUGUCGGCACCUUUUAAAGUUGCCUAUAAAACGGGCCGUUUGUCCUCUCCAUUUGAAAUUUGGCAAGUCUGAUACCAUUAAAGAGUUGUAGGAUGCUUCUCAGUUUUAUGUCAUUUGGAUAGAAAGCUCUGCAAUUAGACAGCAAAAGACUAGCUAGGUUUGCUACCGAAAGAAACGGAAACAAAAAUGUGAGAUUAACGAAGUCAAAUGCACUUGCUCCAGUUCAGUAAUGGAAAACAAAUAACAAAACAAAUGGCAUUUUAAAUACUAAAAACAAAUAGAGUAACUAACCGAGAUAUGUGUCUUGUUCACUUCUUGAUGUAUGCGCCCGGUAUUUUUCCCUCUCUGAUAGUAAAGCAUACCUGCAUGUUCCAAUGCAUCGGAGGCACUCUAGACUUCUUGGGAAUCUAUAUCGCCAGCUCUGAGCCCACUUUCAGACUGUUGCCUGCAUUGUCUUCACAAAGCUUAUCCUUCUCCUGGGACGAACACAGAGACCAGGGUUCACUUGCUGUGAUACAACACCAUCAAAGCUGCCUGGCUAAGUCACCAAGACUUGGACACCAGAGUCUGAAUCCUUCUGUGUGCAAAGUGAUUCAGAAGCCUUUUGGCAUUGCCAAAGUCGCCUGGUGAAUGGCAAAGUACACCGUUCAUUUGAGGUUCCCAACAAAGCGUGUCAAAGAAAUAGGUGCCUCAUCUUUCCCGUCUCCUCACCAGAGACCUUGGGAAGUCUUGGUAAGAAGGAAGAGGUUGCAUCGUGGAGGAGAUGAGCUGGCUGCCUAGCCCUACUCCACAGCGGCCUGUACUCUUUGCUCCAGGAGAGUUGGGGCUAUAUUAGUUCCUGGCUGUCUUACUGCCCCUGGCAUAAGCCAGUUGUGGCUCUUAGGGCUUCUAUAAUUUGGAUAAUCUCUGCUAUUGUAUCCCUGACUUGUUCUUCUUAGAGGCUGUUGCAUCUCUCUCCUUCCUUCCCUAAUCUUGAGGGGUUUAGUUUAAUGCCAAUUAUUCAGACUUUUUGGUUGAUCUCAGUGGCGUUGUGCCAAGCCUCCUCCUGAUGGAUGCUUUAGUUUGCUUGCCUUUUGGGCACAAGCCCUGCCUUGAGAGUGAGCGAGAGGGCAGGAAUAAUUCCCUCCGGAUACCCUCCGUCCACCACAAGGAACAUUCAUAGUACCGUAUUUUUCGCUCUAUAGGACGCACCUUGUUUUAGAGAGGGAGAACAAGGAAAAAAAAAUUCUCCCCCUCUCUGCUCAGCGCCCCUUCAGCGAAGCGGCAGGAGAAACGGAGCCCCUUCCAUUUCUCCUCCCGCUUGGCUGAAGGGGCGCUGCGCAGCUCUUCAGCGAAAGAAACCUGAAGCCUGCGGAGCGCAGCAGGAACUCAGGCUGCGCUCCGAAGGCUUCAGUGCGCACCGACCCCUCUCGCUCUCCAGGCUUCAGCGAAAGCAACGCGAAGGCAAGGAGCGCGGGGGGAGCGCUCCCUCUGCGCUUCGGAGGCUUUGCGUUGCUAUCGCUGAAGCCAAGGAGCCCGCAUUCGCUCCACAGGAUGCACACACAUUUCCCCUUAAUUUUUGGAGGUGAAAAAGUGCCUCCUGUAGAGCGAAAAAUACGGUACGUCCCACUGUUCUUUGAGUGGUAUCAAAUGAGAUAAUGGGCCUGUAGAUGUUGGUGUCUGGCGACUCUCAAGGGAACUUACCACCAGUGAGAUGCACGCAAUGUGCUCCGUGUCUUCCCACUAAGGGGGGAUAGAUGAGCACUGAGCUGAACUGUGUUCCGAUGCUGUUGCUCAGGGAUUACAGCACGAUCUCAUCUUACGUGCAAUUGACUCACAGUUUCAACCUUGCGUGGUUGAAAAUGGGCUGGUUGAAAUUGCACAGUUUAAAUGCACACAAGACAGAGAGUUUAAAAGCUCUUUUUGCAGUGAGUUUUCCUGCCACGGAAGGAACUUGCUUAAUGGGCAAGUCCUGCUCAGCGCGUGGGCUCUGGGAUGCUCUCAGGGGAACUCGGAUGACCUGCAAGAGCAUCCCAGAGCCCUUGCCUGGUAAGCAAGGUGGAUGUUUAAAAGCUUUCUACCUUGCUUUGAGAGCAAGGCCUGUUUGGCCUUGGUCUGGAAGGAAGAAGAAGAAGAAGAAGAAGAGGAGGAGUUUGGAUUUGAUAUCCUGCCUUUCACUCCCUUUAAGGAGUCUCAAAGCGGCUAACAUUCUCUUUUCCCUUCCUCCCCCACAACAAACACUCUGUGAGGUGAGUGGGGCUGAGAGACUUCAGAGAAGUGUGACCGGCCCAAGGUCACCCAGCAGCUGCAUGUGGAGGAGCGGAGACGCGAACCCGGUUCCCCAGAUUACGAGACUACCGCUCUUAACCACUACACCACACUGGCUGUGUGGCAAUGAUCCUUGUGCAGGGGUGGUUCCAAGGAGUGGGUUUAGUGCACAUGGUUUUGCAUGUACAAACCAUCCUCAGAGCGUAAUCCCCGCACAAGGUGUGAUCAUACUGUAUCCAUUUCUACAGUUGCUUUUGGGUGGAUUCUUGCUUCCUCCCCCACCUCUUAACCCCCACCUCUCCCUUCACACAGAGGACGUUGGUUGGCCUGGUGAGAGAUUUAAGGGGGAUUGCCUUUGCCUUCAACGCCAAGACCAGCUUUAUGAUGCUCUUCGAGUGGAUGUAUCCUUAAUCUUUAUGUAUGUCCCUUUACUUCUUCGUGCCACUGUUGAAAACUGCCUUGUGUUGCCUUCAACCCUUCUGAUGACACUGCAGCUCAGGUGAUAGGCUCUCAGCUGUUUCCCUGAUCAAGAAGCAGGGCUUGCGGGCCACAGAAUGCCACCUGUAGAAUUCCUCUUGUCUUGACAUCUGGAGAGGCUGCAUGACUGUGGCCAGGGAAGAGAACCCACAAAUAAGGUGCAGACAUAGUGGUGGCAGUGGGAUCCCACCAGGAUCUCAGCCAAAGGGAUCCAGUAAGAUAAAGGUAAAGGGACCCAUGACCAUUAGGUCCAGUCGUGGCCGACUCUGGGGUUGCGGCGCUCAUCUCGCUUUACUGGCCGAGGGAGCCACCGUACAGCUUCCGGGUCAUGUGGCCAGCAUGACUAAGCUGCUUCUGGCGAACCAGAGCAGCGCACAGAAAAUGCCAUUUACCUUCCUGCCAGAGUGGUACCUAUUUAUCUACUUGCACUGCGUGCUUUCGAACUGCUAGGUUGGCAGGAGCAGGGACUGAGCAACAGGAGCUCACCCCAUUGCAGGGAUUCAAACUGCCGACCUUCUGAUCGACAAGCCCUAGGCUCUGUGGUUUAACCCACAGCGCCACCCUCCCGUAAAGUACUCAUCCACUUUUCAGGCUUAUUAUCUGCACCCUAAUCUGGCAACAUCAGAUGUCUUUUGUGAGUGCCCAUGCCCUCCUACCUUUAGCUAAAUAACACUCUGAGUUUUAAGAACCUGAAUAUUUAAAGUCAUCCUGGAAGCAGUGUUGCCUCCUUAACUUCUGCCUCACAGCUACCCAUCCUACAUGCCAAUCCUGCAACGGGCAGUUGAGCUCUGGUACCACGACCCAGCCUGCACCACACCUGUGCUCAAGUUGAUGGCCGAGCUGGUGCACAACAGGUAGGUGAGGGGAAGAGGGUUGGAACUGCCAGGGCUGACUUGCCUAGGGAUGCCAGGGGGCCAUUCUUAUAUCUGCAGGGGCCUUGCUGGGAUAAGGGGAAGAGAGGGGUCGGGGAGUGGUUUUAACAAUCUAAUAUUGGCAAGAGAGUUAAACGGGUUGUUAUUUUUGUGUCAAAGUGCUGUUAAACAAGUAAUAAACACUGCCCUUCAGUUAAUAAUUUCCAGGGUACCACCAUCAACUUACCUACGAGAUCACCUUGCUCCAUAUACGCCCACUGGGCUGCUUCAAUUGGCGGAACUGGCACCACUACAGGCGCCAUGUAAUACCUAUUCCGUAUUUGUAAGGACUCAAUAUUUUAGUGUGUUGGCACCUACACUUUGGAAACCCCUGCCUUUUGACACCAGGCAGACGCCUUCAUUAUACUCUUUUUUGGUGCUGGCUUAAAAAAAAAAAACAUUUUUGUAUAGACAAGUCUUCACAAAUGUUUAGAAAGCUGGUGUGAGUUGUAAUCUGUUUUUGGUUUAUUGUUGUUUGAACUUUUUGAAAAUAUUAAAUUACUGUUGUCAUUUCUUCUUACUACUACUACUACUACUAAUAAUAAUAUUGUUUUACCUUUUACGUAAACUGCUUGCUUUUUUUUUUUACAAACCGUGUAUAAAUUUUAUGAAAUAAAUCUGAAUAAGCAGACUUGACAGUAACAAAGAGCAGUGCCAGAAACAGUCACAGGAGAACAUUUAAACAUUUGUUUAUUUUAUUUAUUUAUUCGGAUACCACCCUUCACCCAAAGAUCACAGGGCAGUUCACAACAUAAAACUCACCAGAAGCUUAAGUGUAACCACGGGAACCAGGUCAGUUCUCCCUGGAAACAGCAUAGGAGACCCCCUGCCCUCUGGUUGCCUCUGUUAGCAGGGGCCUCUGAAGAUCUGGAGAAAUCAGAAGUAGUCCUUUGAGCAGCACAUACUUGUCUGUGGAAUUCCACAAGAGACCGUAACGGCUUUUUAUUUUCGGUGGCUUUUUAAAACGAUAGCUAAAGUCAUGGAGGAUGGGCCUAUCAUUGGCCAUUAUAUGAGCUCCAGUGCUUUUUCUCCCCAUACUUCAGCCAACUCACAACUUUGUUGCUUCCUUCCAGAUCCCAGAGGCUGCAGUUUGAUGUCUCCUCACCCAAUGGCAUCCUGCUCUUCCGGGAGACGAGUAAAAUGAUAACUACCUAUGGUGGGUCUCUUUCGAGGGAACGGGCGUCACUUGAUGGGCUGCACUAGGUUGCAGUGGAUGGCCAAGGGAUGCCCCACUCUGUGACUGGCCUUAAACGGGUGGGGGGAAGUGGCAGCCUGCAACAUCUCCAGUCACAGACCUCCUCUAAAGGAGCAGAUCUUCUGUCUGAAGUCCUGGAGCAGGAGAGAGAAUAGACCUUGCCAAAAGACAAACAACCAGACCAUGGCUUUCCCCCCAGAACUUCCUUGCCCUCUGGCACUUUUCCCAGGUCACGGCUGACAGUCUCACCUUUUCUUCUCUAAUUACAUUCUGUGCUAGGUUAUUCACAUGAAUUUUUGGAUUAUUUUAGAGUAGAACCGAAGGUCAUAGCGAGCAGCAACAGAGGGCAAACUAUUCUGUGUUAUAAAAUAACGUUUAAAAACAGGAGUACAUUUAAAAAAACACCUUUCUGUAUCAAUAUAAAGAUUGGUAUUGGCCUCACCCCCUUGUGAAGGCGACAUGUUGAGAGUGAAGUAAUAGUCUCCUGCACAUUCAGUGUGGCUUUUUGACUUCCACUUCUCUGUUGACCUCCUGAGAAUAAUAUACUUUGGGCUGAGGUUAAAGGGGAAAUGUACUGAGCAGAGUUGAGAUAACUAGCCUUUUAUAAAAUGCUUUUGCAGGAAAUCGCAUCCUAACCUUGGGGGAGGUUCCGAAGGAUCAAGUGUAUUCGUUGAAGCUCAAAGGGAUUUCCAUCUGCUUCUCCAUGUUAAAAGCUGCCCUGAGUGGCAGCUACGUCAAUUUCGGUGUCUUCCGUCUGUAUGGGGACGACGCACUUGAUAACGCCUUGCAAACCUUCAUCAAACUCCUGCUCUCCAUCCCCCACAGCGACCUUCUGGUGAGCUUGUCCGCCUUGCAUGAGGCCCUCAAACCUUUCCCCACUUCGGGGCACCUUGGGCAAGGUUCCACGAACUCAUCCCAUAAGUGCAAGGAUUAUCACCAGCACAGCAAUACUUCUCCCCGCACAAUCCUCAAACCCACUUGAGAGUUGGAGGAGCCCCUGGAACAGAUAUGCAGGCAUACAGGGGAAGAGGUUCUGUCACACUAGUGAUAAUCCUUGCACUGAUGGGAUCCUGGCUCAGCGCUGUUUCGCAUACAGCCCCUUGUUUUACUGCGCUGCCUGUACACAAAUGUCACAGUUGGUUUGCAGUUACUCUGCGCCACAGAUGGGCAACCUGCUAUCAAUGUUUUCCUUCUCGGAGCGUAAGUUAAGAUUCCACCUUUUUCAUGCCUUUAUGUAUUUCCCCCCCAUGUCGUUUUUGACAACCUGUGCUACAAGGUCUGCACUGAAUCCUGCAUGUUGCUACUAACAGGUGAUUUGGGCAGGAAGGCUAAUGCCCCUUGCUAGACAAAACCAUGGGGUUAACAUGGCGUCAUGGGAUCCAAAUGGGAAGUUGGUCAGUAGAUGCUGAAGAACGAGAAAGUGUUCUGUGGAGAAUAAAACCACAAAUUCCUCCUCUUACUUACCACCUUUCUUUGCAAACACCUUGAAAUUCUGGUGUUGAGGGUUCACAGUACAUGGGCUAGUGCCUUGCACAAGCUCAACAAUCAAGAAGUUGUAUUUCCCCUGUUAUGGGAGAGAGGCUUUGAAACACACUGCUUCUGACAGCAGGGUUGCAGUGGGGUUGUAUAAGCACUGGGCUGUUGCUCCCUGUAUCAGUUUUGGGACGCGCCAGGAUAUGACUCUUCACAUCUCUCAUACCCACAUUCUCCCUUCCUUCCUUUGUUUGCAGGACUACCCUAAACUCAGCCAGUCCUAUUAUUCAUUACUGGAAGUACUCACCCAGGACCACAUGAAUUUUAUAGCUAGCCUGGAGCCGCACGUAAUCAUGUAUAUUCUUUCUUCCAUUUCGGAAGGUCUCACAGCACUAGGUGAGUGUAUCCAUGUUCUCUGUGUGUCUCCUUGGAUGUGUCAGGGAUGGGCAGGAGCCUGAGGAGUCGGGGGAUGUUUGGGCAGAGGAAGCAGGUGGGCAGGAAGAUCCAAGGGGCCAGUGACCUGUGGGGUGGGGUGGGGUGCCUCCCUGUGAGGCAGCUGCCAGUGGUGGUGAAACAGGGGUCAGGAGGAGGAGACUGGGCAGUUGAGACGCAUCACAAGCCUGCAGCCAUAGGCACCUAGACAGAUAAUUAGAGGUACAGAAUGAUGGCGCCAGGCGAGCCUCCUUGAGGAGAGUGUUCCAGUAACGGGGAGCCACUGUUGAAAAGACCCGUUCUCGUGUUGCCACCCUCUGGACUUCCUGUGGAGGAGGCACACGAAGAAGGGCCUCAGGUGACGAUCACAGUCAGGGUCGUUUCAUAUGGGGAGAGGUGGUCCUUGAGGUAUUGGGAGUCACCCCAUUCUGCCCCUUCUUUCCUGUCUUUGUAGACACCAUGGUUUGCACUGGCUGCUGCUCCUGCCUGGACCACAUUGUCACCUAUCUCUUCAAGCAGCUCUCCCGCAGCACCAAGAAGAGGGCUGCCCCCCUGACGCAGGAGAGCGACCGGUUCCUGCACAUCAUGCAGCAGCACCCAGAAAUGAUCCAGCAGGUAAGGGGGGUGCAGGUAGUGGUGGCAGCCAGUGGCCUCCUUGGCUAAUCCUGUGACACUCAUGGAGCUGAAUCACUGAGGCCCAACAUUGAUUUAUUUAGUGCAUUUCCAUUCUUUCGCCGAAGAAUGGAUGCUUUUGAAUUCUGGUGCUGGAGGAGACUCUUGAGAGUCCCAUGGACUGCUGCAAGAAGAUCAAACCUAUCCAUUCUGAAGGAAAUCAGCCUUGAGUGCUCACUGGAAGGACAGAUCCUGAAGCUGAGGCUCCAAAACUUUGGCCACCUCAUGAGAAGAGAAGACUCCCUGGAAAAGGGAGAAAGAUGUUGGGAAAGAUGGAGGGACAAGGACAAGGGGAUGACAGAGGACGAGAUGGUAGGAUAGUGUUCUCGAAGCUACCAGCAUGAGUUUGACCAAACUGCGGGAGGCAGUGGAAGUCAGGAGUGCCUGGCGUGCUCUGGCCCAUGGGGUCACGAAGAGGCGGACACGACUAAACAACAACAACAAAUCCCAUUCUUUAGGCAAAAUGACUCCCAGAGGGGCUUGCAUACAAUCCAAACAAGACAGUCCCUACCUACAGAUUUACAAUCUUAUUUUUAAAAAAGUUCAGGAGCAGGAGGUGCCUGGUGGAGCUGGGCAUCUAGCAAAGCAGAUGGAACAAGCCCGGUUUCCUGUGUCUCCCACUGAGGCCAUCUGAUGGAGAAUGGCUGUCCCAGCAGUUGACAGGAGAGGAGACCUGAUGGAGCUGCCAGCCUGUCACAUCAGAGCUGAUGAUGCGUCUCAGCUCUCCUGAGCGAGAGGCCAGUCGGGAAGCACCUGCAACAAGAUGCUAAUUUGCGGCCUCCCUACUCCUUCCUUUCAGUGCAAGCUUGAGAAUUAUUGUGUGGCUAUUCUUGUGUGCACCUGCCAAGGCUCAGUUAAGGCUACUGGACGGGGCAAGAGAGAGCCUGCGCCCCAGCCCAGCAAGGGUAGUGACUUAGCUGAUGCCCAUCAUUACCUGUGAUCCUCAUCCAGGUCACACUGAACAGACUGGAUGAGUCUUCUGGUGUGCUUAGGGAUGCACAUUACCAUCACCCAGAGUUAAGUUUCCUUGACUGACUGCCUACAAGCAGAAAUGCACCCUUUAAAUGGUUCCAUUCAGUCAUACGUCUAUUUCAAAAAAGUCCCUGCGAUCUCUGAAGAGGGUAACAGCUUGCCUGAUUUUGCUCAUUCCUUCUAGAUGCUAUCAACGGUGUUGAAUAUCAUCAUCUUUGAGGACUGCAGGAAUCAGUGGUCCAUGUCUCGGCCUCUUCUUGGUUUGAUACUGCUCAAUGAAAAGGUAAGGCACUUCUUAAAGAGUUGUUCAACGGCUGGGACUCCUUAAAAGGAGUGCUCAGGAGAUGCUGACUCCUGUCAGCACAGCCCCUUGGAUAACUUAACCAGCAUCCCCUCUUUUCUCCCCCUUCCAGUAUUUCUCAGACCUACGGAACAGUAUAGUGAACAGCCAGCCUCCAGAGAAGCAGCAAGCUAUGCACCUCUGCUUUGAAAAUCUCAUGGAAGGCAUAGAGCGUAAUUUGCUCACCAAGAAUCGCGAUAGGUCAGUAUCUCUCCUCUGCUGCAGAGAGCAGACUGCAUAACAGCUGGGGAUGGAAAUCUCCCCUGAGGCUGCCAGCAACUCAGGGCCCUCCAGGAGCCAUCGCAGGCAUCAGGGGAGACUCUUUGCCUCUGGAGCUUCUCUCUGUAACGUUGCUCCACUGGAAAACAUAUGAGGUCAUGAGCUCCUUAAGAGCUGCUUGGAAUUUUCUGGGCAACACUAGUGGCUCAGACACGGGGCGGAUAUUAGGAAUAGGGAAUGUUCACAGUAACUCUUACUUGAGGGCAGAAGCGAGUACCCUGUACUUGCAAGUAUUUAAAGCAGUAUUCCCCUCUGCCCCACGUGCCCUUCUCGUUAAGUGCUGGCAUUCCCUAAUUAGCAAGGCCCUGAGCAGAAGAAUAUAAUAGUUUGCAAAGCGUGUUCUGCAGGCUGAAAGUGAGAGUGCUUAACUGUCCUAAAUAGAUUAUUUUAGGGAGGUGGGAGUGGAAAGUAGGAAAUGUCAACAGCUUUCGGAUGUCAGAAAGGUGGGGGAACGGUUCUUGACCAAAAGUAAGGGAGCGGACUUGGCUUCGGCCAUUCCACCCCAACCAUUAGGAAAUGUCUUCCCAACUUGAAGAGCAGUUCAGGGAUAGGACAGCCUGCCUAGGGUGGCUGUGGAAACCCAUUCCAAGAAUAUUUUGUGGGUACCAAUUAGCCCAGCUUCAGGGAAUGUGCGCACACAGCUGCUAUCAGCCUAACUUUCCAGCUGAUUAUUACAGAAUUAUUGUUCAAAACAGAGAUUUUCAGAGAAUGGGGAUGUUAAAGCAAAUUUAAGGGAAAGAUCAGAGAGGGGUAGAACUUAAUGGGAAGAGAGUCAGGGUCUAAAGAACCUCGCAAGAAACCAGGACACAAAUGAUGAUCCCUGCAAGCCUUUACCAAACGCCGACUUGCCAUGCCUCAAGAAAGGGCUAUACACUUUAUUUUCAUUUGCUUUUCUUAAAGUGCCUUAAAUGAAGUUACCAAUUCCCAUCCCUGCAGCAAAAUUGAGAACUAUCCUUAUACUUCACUGAGCAGCCUUCCAAGUGAUUCUGAGAGUUCAGUUGUCAGUAGAGAUGGUGACCAUCUCGUGCAGGGGUUCCUUUCCCGGUCCCCAUGCGUGUCAGCAGAGCGCGUUUAAGUACGCCUCACCCCAUUCUGCCUUCUUCCAAGCCCAAAAAGGCCCACACGUUCGCGAUCGCAUGCCCAUUGGACAUGCCUAAAAUGAGUGCUGCCUGUAUUUAAUAGGUUGACUAACAUCUUGUGAUGGUGGGUUUUGCCCGCUUUCUAACCCAGCUUUGGCUUGCCUCUUUGGCAGGUUUACACAGAACCUGUCUGCAUUCCGGCGGGAGGUAAAUGACUCUAUGAAGAACUCCGCCUAUGGGGUAAACAGCAACGACAUGAUGAGCUGACAUCUCGCGAGGAACCUCUCUCUGGCCCGGGCCGGGGAGGUUAACUUUUCCGAUGGAAAGACAAAAGGGCAUUUCUGAUCCCUGCUGGUCCCUGGGGCUAGGCUGCAGGAGGAAGGGGUGUUAAAAAAAAAAAGUUCACCAGGGCAGAGGGGGCUCGUUUCCUUGGGGGCGGAGCAAGGGGGAGACCAGCGUAUUUCCCUGGGUGAAUGUUGGAGAAGAACCCCAGCGUCCUGCCGCAGCCUGCCUUGUAUAAACAUGUACAUUUUUUCAUAACAUUUUGAACAAGGUUUAUAUUGACUCAAGUUUAAAAAAAAAAAAAAAAGUGUGACUGAAAUUUUUACAGAGUUUAGUGCACCAAUGCUGAAGUGAGGGUUGUAUGUGAGUAAGGAAGCUGUGUCUCCUGGCCGCCUGCCGUGUUCCUGGGCAAGGGGGUGUGAAAGUGCAGAGUUAUAUUUAGUAACCAGUGUAGAGAGAGAGGCACAAGAAGUGUAAAAUUCCAAAUGUAUAUUUUUCUUAUACAUCCUUUAACUUGCACCAUCCUACCCCAAUCUUCCUUCUCCCCUCCCCACCCCUUCUUGUUAGGAACUCAAAGCCAUGCUCCAUGCUGUUCCAUGAGUGUCCAUCCCUUCUGCCCCAUCAAACUGACACAGCUCUCUUCCCGCCUGGUCCCAGCUGGCCAGCCCAAGGAAGCCUGAGCUGCUCUGUCCAUGCCUCGCCUCCCCUCCCCAGAACAUUGCACCAGGCUUUUCCCCUCCGUGUGUGAACCUCCUUGUUUCUCAGCUGCUGGAAAAUGCAUAGAGAAUCUGCUUCAGGGCCCGAGCUAGUUUCUCUCCUCCCCAAAAGGCAGCCUCGGUAAACUGCCUUGCCUUGUAGAGCCUGGCCAGGGGCUUCCUGAGGCCAUCUCUGCCGCCUGUCUACAGUAGGGACUGUGGGGAGUGGGCACAGGCUUGCUACCAAGGCAGGCCCAGCAUGACAUCCCCUUGAGAAAAGUCCAUUCCCCCCCCCCAAAAAAAUGCUGCACCAACAUCAAUGUUUUUCGAUAUUUAAAUUUACUUAGAGGAAAUAAUGGGGGGAAAUGACCUGUUUGCCUUGUACUUCCCCACUCUUCUUGCUGCUAGUUCUGUGCCCACCCAAGCCCAGCCCUAACCUGCCCUGGUUUCUCUUCCCAGAUAGCACCUCCUCGGUUUUUAUUCUUUUUUUGUUCUUUCUCCUCUGGCGACUGUGUGUUGGGUCCUUUUUGCGUGAGCAGAUUGCUGGAUGACUUGUAAGGGUGUUUGCUGCAUACAGUGUAAGCAUUGUGGCUGCAAAUAAACUUCAGUGGUUUCUACUGAGCUGUGUGGAACCAGGCCAGAGUGUUUACUCUUGUGUGAUGUUAAAUGACGGUAGUGUGCGAUGACCAUGAGCCAACAGGCGGGUGCCUGGGAACAAGAGCAGUAGGCAACCCUCUUAGCACCUGCUUGCUUCCUCAUCCCUGCUGGAAAAAUAUAGCGGAGGGGCAAGAGGGGGGACGGGAGGAGAGGUGACGGUACCAUAACCAUCUCCAAAAGUAGCCAGGUUAAGAGGAUCUCACGCGCAGCAUUUGCCAACACAGUAAGGUCGCAUCUUGCAUGCAUUCAAUCUGUGCAAUUUCAAUGAUAUGCAGUUGAAGGCCACUGAUUGAAAUCCUGUAACUUCAGGUGCAAGCGAGGCAUAGCGCUUAACAGUGCAAAAAAGCUUUUGAGCUCUCUGGAUUUCUUGGGAAGCAAAGCUCUCUAAUGUGUGCAUCAGUUCUGGAAGCCCUGGGAUGCUUGUGCAGAGGUGGCUUCAAAGGGCUUGAGUGCACACAUUUCUCUACAUGCCGUAUUUUUUGCACCAUAACACUCACUUUUCCCCCCCUAAAAAGUAAGGGGAAAUGUCUGUGUGUGUUAUGGAGGGAAUGCCUACGGGUGGCAUGCCUAUAGAUUUUCCUCCUCUAAAAACUAUGUGCGUGUUAUGGUCGGGUGCGUGUUAUAGAGCGAAAAAUACGGUAUACACAGAACCCUUGGAACCAAACCCCAACAUAAGAUGCAAUUGUGCGGUACAGGCUUGUCGCAGGGGACGACAACACUGGACUGCUUCUCCAAACUCCUUUUUUAUGCUGCAUAUUUCGAUACUCUGAUAAGUUAGAGGAGCUCCUAGGGGAAUAUGUAGUAAACCUGAUUUGUAGCUCUCCCCUGAACCCAUCUUUUAUCUCCACAGCCAACCCUUCACAUUCAGGGCUAGAGCAGAUACACAGUACAAAAGCUGCUAUUCAAGUUUAUUUACAUGCUGCUUUUAAGCCUCAACUGUCAAUACCCAUAUUGAGGAAGCCUUUUUCUUUUCUUUUGGCUCAGGCACAUGCAAGGGUGGGUGCCCUAGGUACAUGACAGGCAGACUCAUUCUAGACCAGGGGUCGGCAAGGUUUACCUCGCCUGGGCUGGUUCACUCCCGCAGAGAUCACUCCGUGGGCCAGAUCGCGUCUGCGCAGACACGAUUUCCGUUGCUGUGGAAGUGAGUCCCUGCUCCCCCAGUUUAGUGCAGCGUGCAGGGACUCACUGAGCGGGCAGCUCAGUUCGGGGGCAGCUCGAGGACCGUUUAAACGACCUCUGUGGGCCGCUUGUGGCCUAUGGGCCACAGGUUGCCAACCCCUGUUCUGGACAGAGACAUAUAACAGCAUACCAACACCCUACAAGAUUUUUCUGAGAUCAUUGGUGCCAAUUAGCUUUUUGGGAAACAUGACAGUAUCCUACAUAGUGUGGGUGAAUAUCCCUCUCAGGAUACAGAGCAGCUUUGAGUGUGUGACUUGUAGCUUGGUAACCAUAUUUAACAUGGUCGUUUGUGUUGAUUACCUGUGAUCAUCCCACAGCUUUUAAGUUUGUUGUAUUCUGCGAAUCAGUGAGAGAGGGUACAAAAACUAGGGACCAAUUAGGACUCACCUGCUGCUGUUUUUCAUUUUAGCUUUUAAUGUUGAGUUCGUUUCCAUAGUAUUUGGACUCUUGACAUUAUCAGAGUCUGUUGCUUUGGCUGAGCCCACAAAUGCGUCACAGUUAAUCCAUUAUUUAGAUCAUUUUGGCACCUUAAACAACAUUCCAGCAGCAGCAGCUGUGGCUCUUACACCUCUGCCUUGAAACAGGAACAGUCUGCAGCUCGGCUAGAGUUGAUGCUGGUGCAAAGCCAUGAUCCCUUGUCCAUUUUGAACGUGUUGCCCUUUCUGAGAGCAGAACGUCUCACCCGGAGCUAACCUCUUCUGUGGCUGAGCUGGCUUUCUUGGCACUGUUGUAGACCACACUGUUGCAGCCUUCUCGGUUACGGGCUAUUUCAAUGGCGAAGAAUUGGAUCCUGGUUGCUGCGAAGAGAACUUUAUUUAGGAUGGGCAUGGCACUUGGGGAUCUCACUUCAGUUUCCAACUAAGACACCACACUUCCCUGCAAACACAUGCAGAACAAAGGACUGGGAGGGGGGGUGCGUGUGCAGUGGGAGGGCUUGUUGGAAGGGGCCCUUUUUUCCUUCAUCAAGGAUGCUCUUGGACUGACCAGCAAAGCCAUUCUAGGCAUCAGCCUCAUGCAGGGGGCUGGACCAAAUGACUCAUGGGAUCCCUUCCAAUUCCACAGCUAUAUGGCUCUAUGACCUGGCCAGAGGAAGCACAACUGAAAGCAGAAAAAAGUUACCUUACCAAAUACUGUGUUCUCUUCUGUGUAACCUUUACUGCAAUCCAGACGUAGAAGUGUGCCAUAAUUAAAGUCCUCAACUACUCCGUCAAACUGCAAGCAGAAUGGACGCCAUUUCUGUGGAGGAAGAGCAUUGGGUUAGUUCCUGCCCCGCAAGAGUCUCAAGAGCAACAAGCCUCACGCCCAGCACAAACCUCUUUAGCAGGUUCGGAUUUAAGAUCCUCCGGGUCGAGCACAUCAAUCUUAAGAUGGUUAAAGUCCUUCCUGAAUUCAGUGUAGAUCUGGUCGUCAGCUUUGGUAAGUUUCAGGAAUUUGGGAUCAACUGAAGAAAUGAGCUACGCAUGGGGAAAGUAGGCAAGGUUAAGUGGGAAGAACAGAAAACAGGAUUGCUACCACCACUCUUUCAUCCAGGCCAUUAAGUGACUGAAGCAAGCCUUCUGCACAUCAGUUUUGUGAUGUAGGGAUCACACUCAAAGCACCUACAAAGCAUGGGAGGAAAAGACUUGGUGACAAGACCUCAGACUCCAAGGGGCUUUGACAAUUAUGUGGCCAAUCCUGCCAACUGUAAUUGACACCAAAGUCAUCAAAUGUUGAAGCUGUGGGGCUAGGAAAUGGUUGUCCUGUAUUGUUCCCAAUGCCCUCUAAGGUUGGGGGCGGCUGGCAGCUGUAUGCCCAAGGUGUCCAGAGCACAAAGGCUAAAUCAG